AUUGAGUGUGGCGGAAAUACUGACACUUUCUACUUGUAUCGCGACACAUAAAGCGAAAAGUAAUAGGUUUUUGCCCAUAGAGUUGUAGUCUUUUCUUAGCUAUGACUACAAGGCUUAUGAUCCUUCAGCAGCCACAUUUCAACAAAAUCAACAGAGGUGCCAGCGAUUUCUUACUAUAUAUUUAACUACCACCGUAUAGUAUGCACAUUAUUACUGUAUUUAUAGCUGCUACAAAGUAUGUUCAUUCUAUUGAUUCAUUAGUGAUAUUAUUCCUGGAUCUGUCUGUAAGGUGGGCUAAGAUGAUGUCGUCAUCAGUAGGCGCCGUGCUGUGAUUCCCAGAUCAGCCAGCAGCUUGCAGUGAGUGGCAGCAGGAUGGGCAGCAGGAGAGCUCUGCACUAUGUGCUCAAAGUGGGAGACAGACCGGCGACUGUCAGCUUUUACAGAGACAUACUGGGGAUGAAAGUAAGGGCUGCAUUGUUUGUUACCUUUAAUGUAAUGUCAGGUGGCAAGUUCUGGCUAUGAUAAGGAUUUUCCGAUUAUUGCACUUUCGCUGCAAAUAAAAAAAGGAACAAAUAAACUGUAAUAGUACUAUAUUUACUUAUAUGGGAUAAUCUCGUAGUGUGUGUAUAUAUAUAUAUAUAUAUAUAUAUAUAUAUAUAUAUAAUAUAAUUUGUUCUUUCUUUUUCUCUUAAGAACACAACCAACCAGAUACAAAAUUAUAAAAUAUUGAUACAUACCAUAUUCGAACGAAUAUUAAAGGGUCACUAUAGACUUGGAAUUAAACGAUUGUGAGUUAAUGCAUAUAAAUAAUGCAAAGAUAAUAUUUUUUAUUUUUUUUAUUUUUUUUAAACUCUCUCUUGAAAGCACUUUUACUAAUAAGCUACAAAAAGGUGCAGCAGGGAAUCCACUCCCACUCCAGAAAGAGGUUCUAUUAUGAGUCUGUUAUUUUGGUCUUUUUUUUUUUUUUUUCUCUCCAUAUCCAAUUAACCAUUCCCCUGCUAUCAUGCUAGAAUAGAAUACAAAGUCUAAAUUAAACAGAUCUUGCAAUUAAGGAAGUGUACACAUUAAAUCUAUCUUUACAGAAAGCGUUUAGGAAGGACACUAAGUGAUUGAAUCCUCAAAGGGACCCUGUGUGCUGAGACCCUUUUGCACUUGGUGUUACAAUAUAAAACAUUGUAGUUCCAGAGAACUGCAAUGUUUACAUUGCAGCUCUAAGACUGCCCUCUGUGUAUCGCCCCACUGGGGGCGCUUCCAGAAUCCAAACUGACUGUUGGUCCGUUAUCUGAUGUUGGAUGUCCUCAUGGACCUCCAGCGUCCGAUUUCCCCCAUAGGAAAGUAUUGAAUAAUGCUUUCCUAUGGGGAGGUUUAAUGCAUGGGCGGAAGCCUUACUCAGUGCCGAGGAGCAUCGGUGCUGGAUUCAGGUAAGUGGCUGAAGGGGGGCAUUCCAGGCAUCUUUAGUGCCAGGAAAACGGGUUUGUUUUCCUGGCACCAAAGGAUCCCUUGAAAUGACAGAGAAUUGAGUAGUGAGACUGCACGGGUGCAAUCUAUACACAAAAGAUGCUUCAUUACACUAAAGUUGUUUUGGUCAGUACCUGUAAUUCAAAAGCAAGAGAGUGACCGCUCUACAACACCGUCCCACUGUGCUUUUAUAAAAUCUAAAAGAGAAGACAUUCUUACACCCUAAACCCUAAAACAUGUUUUAGUGGUUUGAAGUCUUCCUUUUAUAUAACCAAACUUUAAUGCUGUAUUAUUAAUUGUUAUACCGUUCCCUCAAAACAAAAUUCCUAUUGUGUUUGUAAUUUUGUUCUUUUGCUAUACGUCACAGACUGCAACAUAUAUUGCGGUCUGUAAAUAUCAGCCACUCAGAAAAAUGUGUGCAAAAUGAUUAUAUAUUCAUAAGUGAUCACGUGAAAAGAAAAGUUGUAGUAGAAAGCUCUUUGUAUGACUUUCCCUUUGUUACUUUGUCAGCACUUUGCAAGAUUACUGCAGAAUCACAUGACAAACAAAAACGUAAAGUAAACAUAUUUAGUCUUAUGAAAUUUGAUAUAUCCUAAAGGUAUUUAAAUGCUGUUUUCUUAAUCUUGUAAGCCUCACAAAUCAGUUGUUCACAUGUUAGUAAAAAGACUCUUUGUCCCUUUAGAAGUGCCACUGUUACUUGUUUUUUUUGGGGGGAGGGGGUUUUGCAUUUUUUUGCAAAGAUGCACAAGGUGACAUUCCUCACGGCAAUCAUUCCUCAACGUCAUCUAGGAGCUAUUAUCACCAUCAUUGCACCCUCACACAUUAUACAAGAGUACAAUAUGGGGUCUAUGGAAGAUCCUGCAAGAUACUAAAACAAUAUGACUAGGGGCUUUCCUUUACAAAAUUGUUUUGGUGUGUAGUACAUAUUUAAAGGGACUCUCCAGUGCCAGGAAAACAAUCUAUUUUCCUGGCACUGCAGGUCCUCUCUCCCUCACACCCCCCAUCCCAAGUUACUGAAGGGGUUAAAACCCCAUCAGUGACUUACCUGUACCCAGCGCCGACGUCCCUCGGCGCUGGUUCAGGGUCCGCCCACACUCCUCCCCCACGGCUGACGGUGGGGGAGACCUAGUGCACGCUUUAGACCUCCCCAUAGGAAAGCAUUAAUAAUGCUUUCAAUGCUUUCCUAUGAGGAAUUUAGCGACGCUGGAGGUCCUCACAACGCGGAAGUGCCCUCUAGUGGCUGUCUAGUAGACAGACACUAGAGGAGGAGUUAACCCUGCAAUGUAAAUAUUGCAGUUUAUGAAAACUGCAAUAUUAACAGUUGUAGGGUUAAGGCUAGUGGGAGUUGGCACCCAGACCACUGCAAUUGGCAGAAGUGGUCUGGAGAGUCCCUUUAAGUAAACAAAAGCUAGCAAACAAAAAAGCACACUACUAUAAUACCAAGGACCACGACAGACAUGGCCUUGAAUCUCUGGGUUAAGGGCAGUGGUGUAUAGUUCUGGGUAACACCUUGCUGGCUUUGCCCUUCCAAUAGAAAACUUACUUUAAAAGGGAUUCUAUAGUAUUUGGAAUACAAAUCUGUAUUCCUAACUCUGUAGUGCCCUCUGGUUCCCCCUUCACGACCCCACCCCAGCAUAUAAAGAGAUAAAAAAAUGUUUUAUUUACUUACACAAUCCCAGCUCCCAUGUCUCUCUGCACCGGGUCGGCAGUCCGAAGUCAGCAGAUGAGGGUAGCUCAUGCACUGCAAGCGCAUUAGGCCUUCCCCAUAAGAAAACAUUGAGACUUUUCUAUGAGGUUUUUACUAAUGCUGGGUGUCCUCUUGCACAGCAUGAGGCUGUCCAGCGUCAGUUAGGCGACCUGGAGUCCUGUAAACUCCUCUCUGUUUUACAUUGCAGGAUUAGGGAGGACCGGAACACUUCACCCAGACCACUUCAAUGAGAUAAAGUGAUCUGGGUUCCUAUAGUAUCACUUGCAUAUCUCAAGUGGCACUUUGAGGGGUCCAUCUUGGGCAUAGAAACGUGAGAAAUUAUGUCUGUACAACAAUCCCAGCUAGAUAUGCAAAUGUGCGUAGGCAUUGUGUUUCAGAAUUCAAACUGCAUUUUUUGCAGUUACCCUUUGCAAUAGGCUCUGUUUUACACACAGCUUUUUAAAGUAUGGGCUAUAACCCAAAGCGAAAAGAAACCAGACUUUGACUGUGGUUUUUCCCUUUUAAAUAGGAAAUUUUGUCUGUUUUAUACCCUCACUCUUGAUACAUAGGGGGUAAGAUAGAGAGAGGAAUCCAAUUGGGAAUCUCUUCUGUUUAUUCCGAUAUUCUGGAGCCUCCUCUCAUUUAUGGUUAAACCCUUAAAGGACCACUAUAGUGCCAGGAAAACAUACUUGUUUUCCUGGCACUAUAGUGCCCUGAGGGUGCCCCCACCCUCAGGGACCCCCUCCCGCCCGGCUCUGGAAGGGGGAAAGGGGUAAAAACUUACCUUUUUCCAGCGCUGGGCUGAGAGCUCUCCUCCUCCUCUCCGCCUCCGUUCGCCCCGCCGGCUGAAUGCGCACGCGCGGCAAGAGCUGCGCGCGCAUUCAGCUCUCAUAGGAAAGCAUUUACAAUGCUUUCCUAUGGACGCUGGCGUGCUCUCACUGUGAAAAUCACAGUGAGAAGCACGCAAGCGCCUCUAGUGGCUGUCAAUGAGACAGCCACUAGAGGAUUAGGGGGAAGGCUUAACCCAUUCAUAAUUAUAGCAGUUUCUCUGAAACUGCUAUAAUUAUGAAAAAAUGGGUUAACCCUAGAAGGACCUGGCACCCAGACCACUUCAUUAAGCUGAAGUGGUCUGGGUGCCUAGAGUGGUCCUUUAAACACUGCACAUACAUACUCUUACCACCAUGAUCACCACUUCAAAUAACUGAAGUGGUCAUGGUGGUUGGAUUAACCCUUUAACUUUUCACAUUUUCUAUAUUUUUUUUUUUUUUGUAAUUCAGUUCAUUACAAAAUAUUGAUUUACUAGUUGAGCAUCUAUAAGUUACUUUACACAAUAGCUUGAUAAUAACAUGUACUCCCUUUAGUUUGUUACUUACACUGCGAAUUCAGUGGAUAUGUUUCCUUCACAGGUCCUACGACAUGAGGAAUUUGAAGAAGGUUGCAAAGCCACUUGCAAUGGGUAAGAACAAUAUUGUUAAACUAUAUUCCAGAGAAUGCCUUCAUUACUGGAACAUUUAAAACACGCUUUAUAAAUCUGACUCCUGCACAUCUGACAAUUGUACACCGCAUCAUUUCUAUUUAAUUAAGACUAAUCUCAAGCAAGCAAAACUAGUUUUAAAUGUGAAAUAUAUUUUAUGUUUGUAAAGUUCUGUGGAUUUACUUACAGUCAAAUGGUAUUAGUAAAUGUGCAGAAUGUUUGACUGUAUGCCUAAAUUGAGUCUUUCGUGUAGUCUGCAAUGCUUAAAGUGGCACUCUAAGCAAUUAAACCACUGUACAUGUUGCCAAGAAUCUAUGGGCUCUCCCCACCAUUAUAGCUGUUUCUCAUUCCAGUUGACUUGGUAAUGCAGAAUUUACACUUCUACAUUACAGGUACCAAUUUUGACAAUUCUGUCUGAAAGUAUUGGGUUGGCUGCACACAAGUUAUUUUUUUUUUUUUGUAUGUGCACAUUGUACAGCAAUCAACAAGUGUAUCGAAGUUUUCUAGUUCAGGUAGGGAGCAUGUUGCUGAGAUACCAUACGAUUACUGAUGGGAUCAUCAAUUCAAAGAAGGCAGUAUGAUCAACUAGCAUUCUUACAAUAGGUUGAUUCUAUAUUGGCAUGGAGGCUGCCAUUCUCCCAAUUGUGUAAAAUGAGCAUUAUGUCCCUUUAUAUGUUGGGGAAAAUAAAUGACCCUCUGUUCGUGUACAUUGAACUAGUACGUACUGCUUAAAACAAUGACAGAGACCUUGUGACAAUACAGACAUUUGGUAUGAACCAUCAGAUGUAUUAAAUUGUAUGUAAACCUUAUAAACAAAGUUUCAGCCCUGCUAUUUUGUAUAUCAAAUAAUUAAAUGGUGAACACUAUUAGUGCAAAUAUAGCUCACAGAUCUGUAUCAAUGGGAGUGUACAGUAAAUGAACUGGGACAAACCAUACAAUAACAAUAUGUUCCCUGUUGGGUAAUUCUGCAUUUUUGUUUAUUUUGCAGCCCAUAUGAUGGGAAGUGGAGUAAGACAAUGAUUGGUUAUGGGUCUGAAGACAGCCACUUUGUUGUUGAACUAACCUACAACUAUGGAGUUGGGGAGUACAGGCUAGGUAGUGAUUUUAGGGUAAGUAUGUAUUUUGCUUCAUUAUUUAUAUUAUGUAAACAAGAAAAAUAGUUCUUUUUUUUUUUUGUAGAACUUGCACAAAUCAUGUAAUAGUUGUACAAUUAACAAAGCGUUGUGGUCACCUCAUGUCACACACUAAUGCUGCUCUUUCCGUGCUCAGUCUUGUUUACUCUGUAUUAAUAAACUUGAAACUUGAUUUUACACUUCACUGAAAUGAGCGUAACCGUAGUGUUAAAGGACCACUAUAGACACCCAGACCACUUCAGCUCAAUGAAGUGGUCUGGGUGCCAGGUCCAACUAGGAUUAACCCUGCCUGCUGUAAACAUUACCUAUGGGUUAAUCCAGCCUCUAGUGGCUGUCUCAUUAACAGCCGCUAGAGGCGCUUCUUACUGUGAUUUUCUUUUUUUUUUUUUUUAUUCUUUUUUUUUCUGUGCAAGGUGUAACAAUACGCUUGUACAGCCACGACAGCUGUGACAGGCCAAACAGUAACAAUGUUAAACAUCAGUGUGGCAUACAAUUGACAGCACAAUUUUAUGGUAAUUAGGUGCAAAAGUCAGGUUGGUGCAUCUUGUUUUAAAGGACAUAGAGAGGUUAAACUAGUGCAUCUGUUUGAGUUAGGGCAUGAAGAGAACACGUUUGUUUAAGUAUCUAAUAAGCUCAUUGCCUCCUGUAUAGUAGGUCCUAUAUGCUAUUAAUGAAGAAAAGGGAAAGGAGUGGUAUGUACAUGCCAUUUUUAGACUCAUGAAGCGGUAUGGUAAAUACGUUUUACGCUCAAACAGAGUAUGCUGACUUAUAACCUCGUACAAGAUACAGCCAGCUCCCUAUGAGUAAACAGUGUAUAGGGUUACAGAAUAAAAUUAAGGGUAAGCAAUAAAAAGAAAAACAGCAUUUCUGGGUCAUUCCUAGUUUGUCAGGUUCCAGUUUAGCGACCGUAUAUUUUCCCUUUUUGAAAGGAAUGAGUCCUGACACAGAUAUUUAAGCAUCUGGGUUUUUACCAUCCUGCUUAGGUAGUACUGUGCCAUACAAGGCUUAAAGGUCAGGCCUAGAGAUACCAUAGGUUGCCUUUUGUAUUUUACCGAUAUUCGCCCUUUCUAGUUGGCCAGGAGAGGACACUUAGUUAGUAAAAACAUUCGGGCUAGACGAUCCUGGCCAAGGGGUACCUAUUAAGCUAAACAAAAUUAACAUGUCUUUGGUUUGAGCUCUGAGUGACUAGUUCAGAUAACUAUUUGAAAGAGUCAAUUAGUAGUUAAGAAACUUAGGUUGGCCCAUAUGACAAUUUUCAGAGGUGAGAGAUAAAACUUCUGGUUCCUGGCUGGCAUGUAAACUGUCAUUCUGUCUGUGGGCUGGGAAUUAUGUACGAAGAUACGUUGUAUGGGGCUUAGUUGAGUAUGUUGUGGGCUAUGUGUUUGCUCAGGGUAGUGUUGUGCAUAAUUAUCGUGUAAAAAUUGAGCAGGUAGGAGGGAAGCCUAUGCGAUUUAUGUGGUGGAGUCUCAGCGAGGUGGUUACUCUGUGCAGGUUAAUUUGAUGUGUGCACUUUGUGGAGUGUUGAUUGUGCAUACUAGGGGUAAUGGGUGUCGAGUGCUGAGUGGGCAGGCAAUGUUAAACGCAACGUUGAACUGAGAGUGUGACUUAAAGUAUAAGUGGGGGUUGUAGUGCGCUGCCUUCUGGCAGUGGUGUACGUUUGUUAUCUCGCUGGGAUCUGGGCAAAGAGAUAGGUAACUGCAUAACAAAUUAGGUCUAAAUUAUAGGCAGUCGGUCGGACUAAAAUUAUCUAACACUUCCUAGAAUUGUAAGGUCCUCCGUGGGUGAUUACCAGUCCUGGUGUGUGCGGGAGUAACUGUGCCAACAGUAGGGUUAUUCCUGGCACGUCUCACAGUGAGCAAGAUGGUGGGCUACGAAUAGUGAGUGAUUCAUUCCUGCGGUAUAUACGGUCUUCAGGAAAUGUCUCGCAGUGGGCUGAAGGAGCAGGCGAGGAGCUCUUCAUGUCAUGUAGGUCACGGUACCCUAUGUGGUAACUGCGGCAUAGGAGUCCGGCGUCGAGCCCUGGGGGAAGAAAGGUAUGAUCCAUGUGUGUGCCGGGCAGCAUGUCCUGCGGUAUGUCAAGGGCCCAUAGCACGGCUGGAGCUUCCUGAAUGUCCCGGAUGUUGUACGUGUCCGGCCCCUGCUGUACCGUGAGCGUACGGGGGGUGCCAUCUGUAGGUGAAGUUGUGUUUCUGAAGCAGAGAGGUGAGCGGCUGGAGUGAUCUACGCCACACUAGUGUGCCACCGGACAGAUCAGCAAAGAAGGUCAGCACCAUAGUGUGAGGAACUGACUCUGCUGGGUUUCGAACCCUGGUUUACAUGGUGCUAAACCUCUUCCUUACCUGUACACCAGCCUGCCUUUUGCAAAUUUACCUAAGAUCUGAUACCAUUGCUUGUAGAGUCAAGAUUAUCAGUGACAACUCUCUUCAGCUGUGUCUGGUCAGGUGUCUGGUUCUUGGCCUAUAAAAGCCACUUCCUGUCUCUGUACCUUUGCCAGAUUAUUGUGGUUCCUGUACUCUCUAAUCAAGCGUGUUCCUGUUUCUCCUUCCUGUUGCUGAAUUUGGACUGUUUUGACUUUGCUGCUUCUCCUUCCCACUGACCUCGGCUUGCCUCACUACGAUUAUCAUCUUUCUGUUCCAGUCUCCCAUCUCUGCUUAAGACCAGAAGGCCACUCAAGGCUCAGGGGCUCAACCACCUGGGUAACGCGUGGCUACCUCUGGCAGAAAACAUUGCUGAUCUGGCUACUGGACUCCAAAACUUUGUAACAUCAAUAUCAUUACAGAAUAAUCUGGCCCAUUCAUGGAGACCGUCGGAUUCUGAUUCUGCAUUGGAUUCUGCAUUGGCCCAGCAGGUUGCUUUUAAUGCAAGAACUAUGCAGACCCAGGCACAGACCAUUCAAGUGCUGCAGGAUCAGGUAGCUAAACUGCAAAAUGAAGUUCGAUCAAUGCAUAGUGAGCUUACCAGCUACAGGGCACAUGAUGUUGCGGCUGCUGCUACUACUACUGUUACACCUGCACAAGAUGCCCGCUUGCCUCUACCAGAAAAAUUUGGAGGAGACCGCAAAAAAUGUAGGGGUUUCCUAAAUCAAUGCCGUUUGCAUUUCAUGAUGUUACCUAACCGUUUUCCAUCUGAAAGAGAGAAGGUGGGAUUUAUUUUCUCCCUCUUCAAAGAUGAAGCCCUGGCCUGGGGCUCCCCUUUUCUGGAACAGGACAGUCCAGUCUUGGGAAAUUUAAAAGACUUUCUUGAGGCCAUGUGCCUAGUUUUUGAUGAUCCCAAUCGCUGUGCUACAGCAGAAGCCACUCUCCUUCAUUUACAUCAAGGGAGGCGCUCUGUGGCUGAAUAUGCUGCUGAAUUCAGACAGUGGGUUACUGAUACUACUUGGAACCAAUCAGCCCAGAGGUUCCACUUCAGAAGGGGUCUCUCAGAAGCUAUAAAAGAUGAGCUAGCUCGUGUUGAUCUUCCUGUUGAGUUUGAUGCAUUUGUGCGGUUGGCUAUCCGUAUUGAUCGGAGACUUUCAGAAAGAAGAUUGGAAAGACAGGGCUCUUUUAAACCAAGUGCUACUCCUACUUUCUAUUCAAGAAUUUCUACUCCGACCCCACAAACACCUACAGACUCUGAACCUGAGGCUAUGCAGGUAGAUCUAAUAAGAGGGCCAUUAUCCAAUGAAGAAAAACAGUGGCGACGCACUCACAAUUUAUGCCUGUAUUGUGGUAGUGCAGGGCAUUAUGCCAUCAAUUGCCCUAGCAAGUCUAAAAGAACAAUAGCUAUGACUGCUGAGGGUGCACAGAUUCAACACCAAUCCCAGAUUUCAGACCAACUGGAUUCUGUCACACAACCCUUGUUUUCUCUGGCUCAGGGUGAAGAAGGUAUGAUGACUCAACAUCCUCAUUUGGUGGUGCAUAUCACUUUGCAAUAUGGUGAUAAUAAAAUUUCAACUACAGCUAUGAUAGAUUCCGGAGCAUGCGGAAACUUUAUGGACAUUAAAUUUACAGCAGGAAAUAAAAUUCAGUCUAUCCCUAAAUCUUCACCUGUGUUAAUGGAAACAGUAGAUGGUUCUCCACUUACGUCAGGCCCGGUUACACAUGAGACUGUGCCCUUAAAAUUGAUUCUGGAAGUGAAUCACCAUGAGUCUAUAUCUUUCCACCUAAUUUCCUCAACACAGUUUCCAGUGAUUUUGGGUAUACCCUGGCUUGCUCUGCAUAACCCACAGAUUGAUUGGAAGACUAGAACCUUGUCCUUUCCUUCAGAACACUGCUUAAUGAAUUGUCAACCCUCUAAGGCGACACCUGUUACCACAACAAUUAAUUAAAUGGUUGCUACAAACUUAACUAAGCUUCCUCUACAAUAUCGGGAUUUUGCAGAUGUCUGUGAUAAGAAGAAUGCUGAUCAGCUUCCACCUCACAGGCCUUAUGAUUGCCCCAUAGAGCUGCUACCUGGAGCUGCUAUCCCAUUUGGCCGUAUAUACUCCCUUUCUGAGCCUGAAUUAAAGGCACUUUGUGAAUACAUACAAGAAAAUCUUGCCAAAGGCUUUAUUCGACCAUCUACUUCUCCAGCAGGAGCUCCUAUAUUCUUUGUAGAAAAGAAAGAUGGCAGUCUACGGCCAUGUGUCGAUUACAGGGACAUUAAUAAAAUCACUGUUAAAAACCGUUAUCCCUUGCCUCUCAUUCCUGAACUUCUGGAGAGACUUCGUUCAGCUAAAAUAUUUACGAAGCUUGAUCUACGGGGGGCAUAUAAUCUGGUUCGCAUAAGACCAAAUGAUGAAUGGAAAACAGCUUUCAGAACCAGGUACGGACAUUACAAAUAUCUAGUAAUGCCAUUUGGGCUUUGUAAUGCCUCUGCAACUUUUCAGCAUCUAAUCAAUGAUGUACUACGGGAUCUCCUGGAUCAGUUUGUUGUGGCAUAUUUGGAUGAUAUCCUGAUAUUUUCUGAUAAUCUUGAAAAUCACAGAAAACAGGUCUGCAUUGUUCUUGAGCGCCUUCGUACCCACCACCUAUACAUUAAACUGGAAAAAUGUGAGUUUGAACAAACAGAAAUUCAGUUCCUGGGGUAUGUAAUAACUCCUAAAGGUUUAAGUAUGGACGCAAGUAAAAUUAAAGCUGUGCUGGACUGGCCCAUCCCCAAGAAUGAAAAAGAUAUACAGAGAUUUGUGGGGUUUGCCAAUUUUUACAGGCGUUUCAUUAAGAAUUUCUCUGCCGUUAUUACACCGAUCACUGAACUUACACGUAAAGGGACUCCUUUUCAGUGGUCCAAUAAGGCUGACACUGCAUUUUCCAAAUUAAAGACUCUGUUUACAUCUGCCCCUAUCUUGGCACAUCCUCAGCCAGAAUUGCCAUUUACUGUAAAGGUAGAUGCUUCUGAUUCAGCUGUUGGGGCUAUACUGUCUCAAAGGACUGGACCUAAGAUGUUGUUACAUCCAUGUGCCUUCUAUUCCCGCCAGAUGUUAUCAGCAGAAAGAAAUUAUGACAUAGGGAAUAAAGAACUUUUGGCUAUAAAAGCUGCCUUCGCCGAAUGGAGACAUCUCUUGGAGGGAGCCACCCAUCCAAUUACUGUCCUCACAGAUCACAAAAAUCUGGAAUGUAUUCAAUCCGCUAAGAGACUGUCAGCCAGACAAGCACGCUGGUCCCAAUUUUUCUCAAGGUUUAAUUUUUUUAUUUCAUACCGCCCUGGUUCCAGAAAUGGCAAGGCGGAUGCCUUGUCUAGGAUAGCUGACCCCCUCCAUACUACAGUAACCAAGGCCACCAUCUUGCCGGAGAGUAGAUUUUUAGGAGUUACCUUUCCUUCUGAUCUAAUGUCUCGCAUUAAAAAGGGCUACUCUAAAGAUCCAGUUUUUCGUGAUCCUCCUCGUGAUCUUCAUAUGACCAUGCUUAAUGGGUUUUGGAUUUUUCAACAACGUCUGUUUGUUCCAGAAUCAGUGCGACUGGACGUUUUACGCCUCUACCAUGACUCUAAACCAGCAGGUCAUCCAGGAAUCCGAAAGACACAAGAACUACUUACCCGAUCCUUUUGGUGGCCUAAAUAUUAUGAGGAUGUUAAGAAGUAUGUGCCAGACAUAAGACUACUCGCUCAUCCCCUGUUGGCUUGCUUCAGCCUCUUCCGAUUUCUCAUCGUCCCUGGGGAUCUAUAUCCAUGGACUUUAUUGUGGAACUACCUCCCUCUAAGGAACACACUACCAUUCAUGUUGUUGUGGACCGGUUAACUAAGAUGAGUCAUUUCAUACCAGCUCGUGGUCUCCCUUCAGCUAAACAGACUGCUGACCUAGUUAUUCGGGAAAUAUUUCGCUUGCAUGGAGUGCCUGAUGAAGUAAUUUCUGACAGGGGAGUGCAGUUUACAUCUCAUUUUUGGAAAUGUUUUUGUUCCAUUCUAGGUAUUAAUGAAAAUCUGUCUUCAGCUUUUCAUCCCCAAAGUAAUGGACAGACUGAGCGAACCAACCAGACUUUAGAACAAUAUUUGCGGUGCUAUAUUAGUUACCUGCAGGAUGACUGGCUGGAUUUUCUACCCACGGCGGAGUUUGCCUAUAACAAUGCCCAACACUGCUCCACUUCUCUGAGCCCAUUUUUUGCCAAUUAUGGUUACCAUCCAACCUUUCUAGUGAGUCUCCCAAUUACUACUUCCAUUCCUGCAGUCACUGACCGGCUAACCGCCUUACGAGAUUCCCAAGAACUCUUGAAAGAGACUCUUUUGGAGGCUCAGGAAUGUUACAAAAGGGCUGCUGAUAGGCACAGAAAGGAGGCCCCAGUUUAUCAUGUUGGUGACAAGGUUUGGCUGUCAACAAAGAAUCUUAAGCUUAGGAUUCCUUCUCAUAAAUUGGGUCAAAAGUUCAUGGGACCUUUUGAGAUCAUCGCUCAGAUCAAUGUAGUCACCUUCCGUCUGCAACUUCCGGAUUCCAUGAAAAUACAUCCGGUGUUUCACGUGGCACUGCUUAAACCUUUUCAUGAAAAUACUUUCCCUGGUCGAGCCCUGCCUGCCCCACCACCAGUCCUCGUGGAUGGUGAAGAUGAAUACGAGGUGGAAAAAAUUCUUGACUCCAGGAUCUUCCGCAACAAGCUUCAAUAUUUGGUUCAUUGGAAAGGCUAUGGUGAGGAAGAUAGAUCGUGGGAACCAGUGGACAAUAUUCACGCUCCUGAUCUUCUUCAGUCUUUCCAUGCACAGUACCCUGCUAAACCAGGAAAUAGGGCAUCCAGAGGCUGCGCCUAUAGAGGUGGAGGUAAUGUGAGGAACUGACUCUGGUGGGUUUCGAACCCUGGUUUACAUGGUGCUAAACCUCUUCCUUACCUGUACACCAGCCUGCCUUUUGCAAAUUUACCUAAGAUCUGAUACCAUUGCUUGUAGAGUCAAGAUUAUCAGUGACAACUCUCUUCAGCUGUGUCUGGUCAGGUGUCUGGUUCUUGGCCUAUAAAAGCCACUUCCUGUCUCUGUACCUUUGCCAGAUUAUUGUGGUUCCUGUACUCUCUAAUCAAGCUUGUUCCUGUUUCUCCUUCCUGUUGCUGAAUUUGGACUGUUUUGACUUUGCUGCUUCUCCUUCCCACUGACCUCGGCUUGCCUCACUAAGAUUAUCAUCUUUCUGUUCCAGUCUCCCAUCUCUGCUUAAGACCAGAAGGCCACUCAAGGCUCAGGGGCUCAACCACCUGGAUAACGAGUGGCUACCUCUGGCAGAAAACAUUGCUGAUCUGGCUACUGGACUCCAAAACUUUGUAACAUCAAUAUCAUUACACAUAGUUCCAAAGUGGUAAGGGUUUUUUCCUCGCAAGGCCGCGAGUACUGCCGCUUUGUCGUUGUGAGUGCGGAAGGUGAGUAUGACAUCUCUGGUGGCUUUGGCCGGUGCUUUUUCUGGUUUGGGGACUCUGAAGAUGUUGUCAGGGGUGCCCAUCUUGACUUGGGCGGGCGGUAUUAUUGUUGUUAACAGGCGCUUCAUGGUCCCCGGUAGCUCCGCUUCCAACACUUCCUCAGGAACCCUCCUGACCUUUAUAUUUAGCCUCCGCCUAGAGUCCUCCUGUGCUGCGAGGCGGCGGUCAUAUUGUUGGGUCUGAAGCUGCAGGUUUUGCACAGCUUGUUGGUGCGUGACUAUGCUCUGGGAGUUGAAUUGAGCUGUUCCUUCCAAUUUAGUAAUGCAGCCUGUCAGAUCCUCCCGCAGUGCUGUGACAUCUGAAUGGAUGUAUUGCUGGAGGUCGGCUAGAAGCGCUUUGAGGACUGCCGUGGUGAAUGGUUCGGUGUCAGUGCUUGUCGUGCUAUGUUUCGCCCUCUGUUGUGGGGCUGGAGUCUGCGGGUAUUCCUCUUCUAACUCCUCCGAGAGUUCUUCGGAGAAAUCAGAACAUCCGCCAUGUAGCGCCGCCAUAUUGUGGUCAUUGGCACCUCGUGCUUGCCGCCACAUCUCCCGAUUGUGAGCCCCGGGGUGGGCUUGUUUGAUACCGUUUUUUUCCCGCCCCAUGUGAGUUCUGGGUACGUUUCUGUCACUCGAGGGGGAGUGGGGGGGUCAGUUCAGUCUUUAGUUUCAGCGGGUGGUGUACGGAGCUGUGAGUACUUAUUUAUUUAUUUAUAAUUGUAUUUAUUUAUAAAAUAUUUUACCAGGAAAGAUACAUUGAGAUUUCUCUCGUUUUCAAAUAUGUCCUGGGUCCACAAAUCAUUGCAUUGUUACAUUAGGUACAACAAAAUACAAAAACAAUAUUAAUACACAAUAUAUACAAAAUUUAACAUAGAACAGGCAGGAAAUAUAUAAUCAACCAUGACACAUGCAUUCUGUUUUGAGGUAUGUAGAGAGGGAUCUCUUAAAUGACUUUAGGCUUAGGGAAGAUUUUAAAUUGUGCGGGAGGUCGUUCCACAAUUGCGGUGCUCUGUAGGAGAAGGAGGAUCGGGCCGCUUUCUUUUUGUAUUGAGGUAGACUAAGUAAAGUGCUUGUACUGGAUCGGAGCUUAUAGAAAGUGGGAACAGCUGGGGAAAGCAUUUUGUUCAGGUAGGGUGGGAGUUUCCCAGAAAAGCUCUUAAAAACAAGGCUGGAAAGAUGAAGGGUGCGUCUGGAUUCCAGCGACAGCCAGUUUAGUUCCUUUAGCAUGUCACAAUGAUGGGUCCUGUAAUUACAUUGUAGCACAAAUCGGCAGAACGAGUUAUACAAUGUGUUGAGUUUAUUAAUGUGGGAUUGCGAUGCAGACGCAUAUACUACAUCCCCAUAAUCAAUGAUUGGCAUCAGCAUUUGCUGUACAAUCUUUUCCUUUACUGUAGGGCUUAGGCAGGCUUUGUUUCUGUACAGGGCACCUAAUUUUGGAUAAAGUUUAGAUGCAAGCUUUUCUAUGUGCAGGCCAAAAGAUAGAUUGGGGUCUAAUAUCAUACCCAAGUAUUUGAAAGAGUGGACUGCGGUCAGUGUGCCAUUUGAAUUUGUUUUGAUGGAUAGGUGGGGAUUGUGUAAUUUGUGUAAUUUAGGUACCGUUCCAAAGAUCAUUGUGACAGUUUUGUCAGUGUUCAGGAAGAGUUUGUUUUUUGCGAUCCACUUUUCUACCUCUGUAAACUAGUCUUGGAGCAAAGCCUCAAGUUGCGGUAGAUCGGAUUUGCUCGCAUAGAUUACUGUGUCAUCUGCGUACAUGUGUACAUUUGAGGACUGGCAGACAUUAGGCAGAUCAUUUAUAAAUAAUGUAAAUAGUAGGGGGCCGAGAAUGGAACCCUGGGGAACACCAUACGUGACUGGGAGAGGGAGGGAGUCACUGUCAGAAAUGGACACAUAUUGUGAGCGAUCCGAUACAUACGAUCGAAACCAGUUUAAAGAAUGAUCACCAAUACCUGAGUUUUCUAGUUUGUGCAGUAGAAUGUCGUGGUCUACUGUGUCAAAGGCCUUAGCAAAAUCAAGGAAAAUAGCUCCAGUUAGGGCUCCUUGUUCCAUGCCAGUUUGGAUGUCAUUGCAAACUUUUAGGAGGGCAGUUGUAGUGGAGUGAUUCUGGCGAAAGCCCGAUUGAUCAGGGGUCAGAUAGUUUAAUUGUUGUUAGUACUCACAAAGUUGCGUAUGGACACAUUUUUCUAAGAUUUUUGACAAUACCGGGAGCAAUGAUAUUGGGCGAUAGUUAGAAACCAAAGUAGUGUCACCACUUUUAUGGAUAGGCACUACUCUCGCAGUCUUCCAAAGUUUGGGUAUGUAUCCAGACACCAAGGAUUCGUUAAUUAGAGUUGAGACGGGUUUAGCAAUUGCCGGCGCACUGAGCUUCAACAGCAUUGCUGGAAUUUGAUCAGGUCCGGACUGGUUUUUCAUUUUUAGAUUAUUAAGAUUAAUGACACUAACAGGUACAGGUCUAAAAUUAAACUUAUCUAUAUUGGGCCUUUGCAAAUUUAGUGGGGCCUGAUCCACAUUUGUAGUUUCAGGAUGCGUGUCAUUUAUUAGCUUGGCAAUCAGGGCAGUAGAGCAUCCGACAAAAUAAUUGUUAAAGGCAUUUGCUACAUCUAAGGGAAGUUGCAGGGUUUGGUUACCCACUUUGACAGUGGAGGGUUGGGAGUGGAUUGGGGGAGUUUGUAGUUUAUUUAUGACUUUCCAAAAGUUUCUAGGGUUUGAGAUGUUACUGUUCAGAUUUUCAUAGAAAUAUUGGGCCUUGGCCAGUUUUGUCUGUUUUGUGCAUAUAUUUCGCCAUUGUCUAUAUGCACCGUGAUCAUUCAUAGAGCCAGUACGCUUAAACUUUGACCACAAAGAAUCCCGAAACUGGUACAUUUGGAUGAGGUCAGCUGUGAUCCAGUUCAUAUGCGCUCCUUUUACCCUCACCUUACGCAGCGGGGCAUGCAAAUUCCAAAUUUGUAGGAGUUCAGACUGAAAGUAUUCAACAGCACAGUCUAGAUCUGGGAUAAUGUUUAAUCUGUGCCAUGAGAGAUUCUUGAUGUCAUUUAAAAAGGAUUCAAGAUUAAAUUUUUUGAAGGACCUAGUUAUUUUAACCUUGGGAGAGGAUUUAAUAGCCUUUAUUUUGCGCAUGCAGUACACUAAACAGUGAUCACUGAACGUGUUUGGCAGAACACCAACCUCCUGGAUUCUAUCAGGAGAAGUGGAGAGAAUCCAAUCUAGCAGGGUAUGGUUAUGGCUUUUAAUGUUUAUGCGAGUUGGGGAGGAGAUUAAUUGCGUUAGCUGCAAAGUCUUAAACAGCGUGCAAGAACUAUUAUUUUUAGGGUUCAGCCAAUCAAUAUUAAAAUCUCCAAAGACCAACAGUUCACUUUGGUUUCACUAAGGAGAUGGGCUAUGUCAGAAUGGGGAAUGCUAUGGGAAUGCUUCUGACAUGGGCUAUGUCAGAAAGGGAAUGCACAGGCGGUAGAUUCCUGCAACAAUGAUUGAUUUACUGCACGGGAUCUCAAUUGUGCCAGACUUGCGACCGUUCUCUUCAGCGUUCAGGCUCCUCCCUUUCCUCACUGUGAUUUUCACAGUGAGAAGACUCCAGCGUCCAUAGGAAUGCACUGAGAAUGCUUUCCUAUGGACUGACUGACUGCAGCGGUGGCUCUUGCUGCGCAUGCGCAUUCAGCCGAUGAUGGACAAAGGAGGAGGAGAGUCCCCAGCGCCGAGGGAGCCCGGCGCUGGAGAAAGGUGAGUGUUUAACCCCCUUCCUCCCCCUUCAGCCCGGCGGGAGUGGGACCCUGAGGGUUGGGGCACCCUCAGGGCACUAUAGUGCCAGGAAAACUAGUUUGUUUUCCUGGCACUAUAGUGGUCCUUUAAGGAUAAUCACCGUAACACUAAAACCGUUGUAUUGCCCAGCAUAUAAAUAAGCUCUGUCUAUAUAUUUUUCAUUAAACAUAAUAAUACGUUCUCCCACUGCUUUAAAUUAUUGAUAACUGUUGCUGACUACAUCAAUUUUAAACUUUUUGCCUAAAUUACAGAGUUUAUGAAGUUGAUGAAAUUCAGAUUCACUAUAACAAUAUGAGAUGUAAAUUUUCAAUGAAAGCAGAGCAAUUCUAAGUUAACUGCUCAACAUCGCCAAAUACAAACAUUUAAAGUGUCACUGUCACUUCUGAUUUUGGUAGAACCCACAAAAGGUGAAGUGUGUUUUCUCAAAUGUGAUAGAAAUUUUGUGCUUUAAAUAAAGAAGACAAAAAGCCAUAGCAUACAAUUUACACGUGGUGAUCCACAUUAAACUACAGAGAUACUCAAGCGUGCAUGCAUUGAACAGAACUUCCCAUGUAGAUACACAAGUACAUAAGUGUGAUCACAGUGUGUCAUGGAAUAAUAACAUCACACACUGUGCUAGGAGGUAUGUUUGAUAUUUACUUCCACUAAACUCCUUAACCUUGGAAGAUUUUUAACAGCAUUUAUUGGAUGAAAGAAAGAGACCCUGUCAGAAUAUUGACCGAUCUUCUUUAAGCUAUUUUAGCUAUUUUAUUUUUUAUUUUUUUAUUCUUUAUUUAUAUUGUGCAAGUGAUAACAACAAAGCUUGGUAGGCCACGACAGCACUUCCCAGCAAAGAAACAUAGUCAUGGCAUUCAGUUAGACAGCACAGUUUUGUAAAAGUCUAAUCUGUUAGAAAAGGUGUAGAAAGUAGUGUUCUCUGUCAGACAUUUUGAGUAGUACAUAAGUUUGAGGAGGAAAUAUAAGUUGAGAAAACGGGUAGGCCCCCCAGACUGACUAUUCAUGUAACCGUAAGUUUGUUCAGGCUAGGCACGGCUCUUUAAACAUAUUCUACUGAGUUUAGAUAUUAGCACAACAUUAGCUAAUCACACAAGAAUUGUAGAGACUUUGUUAGGUGGCAGCAAGAGUAUGAGUGUCUCAAGAUGCAUAUGCCUAUCAUGGCAGAAAAAAGGAAAAUGAAUGGCAACAUAACGUAAAGCAUACAGUCAGCUGGGUAGGCCAAGGUUUCUGGUAAAGUCCACUAGUGCCCUGCAAAGUGGGUCAUCUGUUCUGGCAGCCUGAUACCUCUGGGUUAUCCCUGCAGGCACAUCCGCUAUGUAGUCCGCUCCUGCCUCCCAUUGGUUAUUGGAAGCCCCUCUGUGUUGUGUGGUCUGGGUAAUACCAUGCUGCCGCUGGUUCCCCGUGGCCAGCAGUGGGAAUCCUAUAAAAGCUCAUCUCAAGGCCCGGGAAGGUAAUCAUGGAGACCAAGCCCGAUCCGUAAGACAGGGACUUCCAAGAAGGGCCAUCGCUUGUUUUCAGACUUGUGAGUCAUAGGUAGGAGUUAUACUGAGCAGGCUGUUGUUUCUUCCUGCAGGCAGGCAAAGCUGUGUUGCACAGUAUAGGCCGCAUUGCCACCAUUUUAGUGACCAGAUGCGUGAUGCACAAUGCCACGUAGGCUUGAUGAUGGGCCAGUGCAAGGCGGUAUUUCCCUCCAGAGGGGAACGGGAACCGCAAGGCGCAUUGCAAGGCCGUUGCAUGACAGCCAGUCAGUCCCGCUCUUCACCCUCAUAGGCCACAGACCCCGAAACCGCAUAUCGCCCACAGGGGCCCGGAAACUCCUGAUCUCAGGGACCGCGGUGGCUCCGGCAAUUGUCCAGAUACUUGAGACAACUUUUGUUUACCAAUAUUGCUGUGAUGCUUGGGUUUUGUGCCACAGGGGACCAAAUUUGUCAGGAGCCUCUCCAGUCCGUGACCGGUCAGCAUGGCGGUCGGGCACCGCACCCUAUUUUAGCUAUUUUGACAGUUUGUCUUGUUUCAGUGUUGAUAAGCUGCUCUAUGAAUCUGAUAUAAAUGUUUUUGUUCCAUGAUUUUUAUUGGCAGGGUUUGACACUUCAAUCAAGCCAGUUUGUGGCUAAUGCAAGAAGGUUAAAUUGGCCUCUCUCUGAAGUAUCAUCUGGACUGUUUGAGACAGUGGCCCCAGGAGGUUAUAAGUUCUAUUUGGAAGACAAAGAACAACCCAAAACAGGUAGAAUAUUUAAUAACAAGCUAUGUCAGAGGUAAUUAAAAUUAGGUAUGUCUCUUUGUUCAGUGCAUAUAUUACUUGGCAAACCAGUGCCAUUUAAGAAUUCUAUCAUCCUCUUUUCCCCUUCAUCUUUUUUUAAUAAACACUUCAGGCACCAUAAUGGCUUUAUCUCAAUAAAGUUUUCAUGGUGUCUGGAUGCUGUCUUAGCUUGGUUUGAAAGGUUUUUCAGUGGUCUAACCCCAAAGGAUUCUGAAUCUGCAUUGAGAUUCGCAGCUAAUCACCGUUAUAAAAGUACAUAGAUUUAAAUAAAAAUGGUUUUGAAUAAUUUGCAUUCCCCACCCAGAGUUAAGUUGCCGCUGAGAAUCACAAUUAUUUAGAACAGCAUAUUUAUUACCUUACAUGUUUUGUACUUAUUGUAAAUAAUUAUUCACAGGAUGAGCCCUUAAAAGGUUACUCCAAAUUUAUUUAUUUUUUUACAUAUAUAUAUAUUGCCCUUUUGAGCACUAUAUGAUAGGUCUACCACUUUUAUUGCAUUAAAAAAACGCUAACAAUUGAAGAUUAUGCUAGCUUUCGUGUACUAAUUUUCUUAAUUUUAAUAAUGACAAGAGGGGAGUAUUUUACAUUACCUUCCUUUACUACUUCAUUGCAACAAAGAACAUAUAGAAAAAGGAACCAAUCCAAAACCGGCAGAUAGUAUAAUAGGCCCUUCCCACUGAGGCACUUCCUCUUGAUAAUAGCGACAUCACAAGUAAAGUUAAGAAACAUAAGUAAUGAGAGAAAGAGUCCAAACUUAAGGAACGAUGAAUAAGCCGUUGUAAAAUUCAUGGCAACUUUGAGCCAGGAUGAGACUGUGAGUGGGUGCUUGACUUCGACGGGCUUGCUGUGAUGUAUUAAGCUGAAAGAGACCAAGAAGGUUUUAGUGUUAUGUAAUAUAGCGUGAAAAAUACUAGCAACCAUAGACAUGAAGAGACUUGAAAAUUCCAUCUAUUACCAUUAAUUAUGAAUAUAUAAAUGAGAAGUGCAACAAUCGGUAAAGACGUCCAUAAAUACAUACCAAGGACAUAGUAAAAGAACAACGCCAUUACUAAGUUGGGUGCAUACCAUUGAGUGUAAUCAUAUGUAAACCAUCCUGGCUAACCCAGCUCCAGGGAAGGGAAAGUGAUAGGGCGGGCGAGGGGCGAAAUACUUGCCUCCUGUCAUUAUUAAGAUUAUUAGUACACUAAAGCUUGCAUAAUCUUCAAUUUUAUUACAUGACAGGAGGCUUCAUAUUUUGCAGUUUUAACGCUAAGGUACGAGUGAGAAGGCGUCAUGAGAAGACAGGCGAAAGUAAAAUGUCCGAAAGGUGGUUUCCUGUGACCAGUCUGCCGCAAGUAAAAUGUCCUGUAAGGAGGACCCUGCCACGAGGGCGGAAGAGGUCGCCACAUCGAGUGAGCACCGAAUUAAGGGUCAAUCCAGGCCAUAUCACUCAUCUGCUGGGGCUCACGCAGGAACGUUUCUCUAAUGAAAGGAUUGGGGUCCCAUGUGCCAUCAUCUGAAUUGGAGUCAUCCGCUUGCCAUUCGUCAAGGAUGGAUAGUGAGGGAGGCGUACCGUGCUCCUCGUCUUAGGAGACAGUAUGAGUAGUGGGAAUCACUGGCCAUGUCAGUCUUCCCUUCUUAAGGGAAACCUUCCCUUUUGAAGGUUUUGGCUUGGACCCUACGUCCUUCCAAUGGCAUUUUGCCCGGCGUCCAUGGUCCUUGGAUGAGGAGUCUGAGUCAUCAGAUACCGCUCUCCUUUGAGAAUGCUUAGACCCUUUGGUAGUGUCCUGAGUGGUCGGCAGCACCUUAGCCAAUGCCUUCUCCACCUGAUGUGGCAACCGCCGUGUUAAUCAGUGCUUGAAGAUUAGAGGGCAUCUGUGAAUCUGGGAAAAGCCUGUCGAAUAUGGGAAUCUGGAACAGCCUGUCGAACCAGUGAAAUCUACAGAACACGAGUGGUCUCUUGGUAGAUUAGUGCCCCUGAACCAGGCGAACGCUAACGGCGUACGAAAAAUGAAUGCUGGGCGGGGGGUGGGAGAGUCCCAAUGGCACCUCACGCCCCCUGAUGGAAGUGUGUAGCGGUGUGAGAGCUCUCCCGGAGUGUCGAGCGUAGCCACAGAGCAGAGGGGGCAUAAAGGCAACAGGGAAAAAAUCCUGGAAGGAAAAGUGGGAGUGGGGAAUAGUAGGGAAAGGGGGGGAUACAGCCCAGGUUACCCAGCAAGGGGUCCCUAGAUGAAAGGGAGCCCACAGACCCAACGCUCCCUACAAGAAAUAUAUAAAUAUAAUACCACAACCAAAUACAGAUAUAAAAAUCAAUACAUAUACGUUAAAUAAAACAAGACAAGCCCAAAGUGUUAGAUACACAAUAUUCUAACCUGACUUGUGAUGGAGCAGCAAAGAAAGAGGAAGUGUCUCAGUGGGAGGGGCCUGUUAUACUAUCUGCCUGUUUUUGAUUGGUUCCUUUUUCUAUAUGUUCUUUGAUGCUAUGGAGUAGCAAAGGAAGUUAAUGCAAAAUAUGAAGCCUCCUGUUGUGUAAUAAAAUUUAAUUUAAAACUUGCCAGGAAUCCUGCACUGGAGGAUCUUCCAUGCCCUAUCUCAACAUCAAGCUGUAUCAUUGUCUUCCUCUCUUUGGUACAAUUAAAUGCUUCUCGUAGAGCAGCAUUUGAUUGGACCAUUUUGCAUGCUUAAAAGAUAAAUGAACACUUCACCUUGUAGGCACUACCUGCAAGGGAUAUGCUAAUUGCAUCCGUUGCCAGCUAUAUCAUUCAUAUAAUUAUUUUUCAAUAUACAAUGUUUUUUUUUGUUUGUUUUUUUUAACCACUGCUACAAUCUAAUAUUCUGCCAAUAUAUGUAUAUAUUUUUACUACUACUAUAUCUACUUGCACUUACCCGGAGUGACCUGGGGUCACCCAUUGGUGUUGGGAAGUGACCAUACAGGAUGUAUAACGUUGAGUAUGGGUGAGGCUGUAUAUGUGUCAGGGAUAUUAAUCUAAUUUUGAGAUGAAAUAUGUCUACAGGGACUGAUUGGAUUAUAAAUCAAUUGCAGAUUUCACCUCCUCUCAAUACUUAUAUUAGCGUCAUUUCCAAAUCAGUUAUAUCCUAUGAUUGCUGUGGGCAUGCACUAAUGAUCCUCUCAGGGUUAGAGUAACUGGACAGGUGAAAUGCAACUAUGAUAUUUAUAUUCUAGUAUUUGUGAUCUUGAUUUCACUAUUGUUCACUUACCCUACAAGUAUAUUGUUUUAAGGUCUUUUUGGCAGGUUGUGUUUUUUUUACUGUGAUAAAAGCUGACCAUUUUUUGAUUAUUUUGUUGUUUUUUUGUUUCUUGUUUUGUCCAUCUUCCAUCAAAUUAAAAUCUCUACUAAUUAAAGGGAUAAUCUAAUAACCAAAACACUAUAGCUUCCAUGUCUGUAAUGUCCUUUUUCUGACACUCAAGUGUAAUUCUGUUAUGACAGGAAUAUAUGAAGAGUCAUAUAUAAAAUUAACAACACCAGUAACUUUUAGUCAUUGGUUUAAAAUAUAUUUGUCACAAUUAUGACCAAUCUGAUAUUUGUUUCCAUGGAGCAGUAGUGUAAUCUGAAUUCUUUACAGAUCCAGUGCAAAAGGUGACUCUUGCGAUAUCAAACUUGCAAACAUCUAUAUCCUACUGGUCUGAACUGUUGGGAAUGACGAUUUAUAAUAAGGAUGAAGUGAAAAAGAAUGUUCUUUUGGGGUAUGCAGAUAACCAGGUAACUACAGCUUUUAAUCUGUUUUAUUAAUCCUAGUAAUGCAAUUACUAAAUGGAUGUAUGUUCAUGUUGUAAUUUAAAAUAGUAGAAAAUGGAUAAUAAGAAAAGUCCAAAAACACACAAAUAGAAAUGUUAUCUUAUUAAAGAUUCCCACUUGUGAAGCACAAAUGAGAUUGAGUUUAGUAUGUCCUUGAUUUAAUAAGGAGAAAUAAGCAUAAGAAAUUAUUUCAAUCUGUUAGAAGAAAAAAAAACCUUGAAAUGAUUUAUCAAUAAAAUCAUAUGUUGAAUUCUGUAGGUAAAUGAUUUGAAAAGUUUAUUUUAUUUUGGUUUUGUGGGUUUUUCUGAUAGAUUGGAAACUUUCUUAUGCUGAUUUCUCCUUAUUAAAUCAAGGACAUACUAAACUCAAUCUCAUUUGUGCUUCACAAGUGGGAAUCUUUAAUAAAAUAACAUUUCUAUUUGUGUGUUAUUGGAUGCAGAUUCAAAUGAAUUAAAAGGGACGCAUCAUUUUUAGACAACUGCCUCAUUCAAAAGCUUUAGUUUGCCUCGCUCUGCAGGCAGAAAAACAAAGCAGGUAAAUAGGAUUUAUUUGUAUAACGGAGCUCCUGUACUCCGACUUAUUACCUCCGACAGGUCAGCUUUUUCACUGCUACCAGGGGACUCCGGAGCGCUUAAGAUCAAGUUGACGAAGUUUGAUUGGGAUCUCCUCCACCAUCUUAACGUGUCCUCAGGAUCAGGAACAAGUGUAGCCAGCCAACCGGUCCCACAAUUCUGUUACUGUAAUCAGCCCGGACACACAAUUCCCAUUGGAACUAACACAUACACUAGUUUAUUUGGGACAAACCUUUGGUGACUUGUCCUUAAGUAUGUGGUGAAAUCCAUAUAAAUAUAAACAAACAUACAUAACGUGAAUAACAAGCAACAUAAUAAUGCAUCAAAUAUAAAAUACAAUUACAACUUUCUAACCAAUGGACAAACAGAGAUCUACAGAUGUAACUGGUUAGUUGUUUGCAAAUUCCUAAUUUGCAGAUUGCAAUUAUAAAAACCAAUCCAUUUUUCAGUUUCACCAACAGAGGGCUCUGGAAAGUCAUUACAUUUUUUUUUCUUUUCAUAUUUACCUGCUUAUUCUUUCUUUAUGUCUUGCACACCCACUCCACAUGGGACACUCAUCUAUCCAAUUAGUGUUGUAUACCUAGGAAUGCUGAAAAAGUCAACAGGGCAUGCCUGACAGUCACGCAUGUGCAGUUUGAAGAUCUCUUCACCUUGAAACAUCCUGACGGGUAGAAGAAAGGGAGUUUGAUCAGUGUAAUUCAUGCAAUUAUAGAUUAUGCUAGCUUUAGUGUAAUAUAAUAUGAAUUAUAAUCUUAAUUUUAUUAAUGACAGGAGGUGAAUAUUUGCUUAAGUGUCUCUUUACUAGAACUCCACAGCAGCACAGAAAAACAACCAAUCAGAAAAAAAAGUUAGGUACUAUAAAACUCUCCUCCCCAUGCAUCAUUUCCUCUUUCAAGCUGCGACAAAAACAGAAUAAAGGCAGAAAAACAUAAUGGGGAAGAAACGAAGUCCUAGAUACAAUGAAUAUAACAAUGUCCACCUUCCAAGAAGAACUGCCUCACCAGGUAGUGUUGAUGGACUGUAAACUGAAACGAGAGAAAAACAGAAUCGAACAGGUUGAUUAUCCAAUGGAAAGUACUCUGAAUAAACAUAUAGGUACCCAAUGUAGCAACCAAAAUUACCUUAAUAUGUAGAUAUCCCAACCAUACUUAUGAAAAACAGACAUAAAACAAGUGACAGGUAGCAGAGACAACAAGCAGAGUUGCAUACGUACCUGAUUAAUCCAAACUAUUAAAAUUAAACAAGGGAGGGAAAUACUCGCCUCCUGUCAUUAAUACAAUUAAGAUUAUAGGUACACUAAAGCUAGCAUAAUCUACAAUUUUAUAACAUGACAGGAGGCUUUGUAUUUGCUGUUUCAACGCUCCGUCAACAAAUCCAAUGCGGUUGUUUCGCUGGUACCUAUUCCGGGAGAUAUCAGAGCAACCCUAAAUGGACUUUCCAACUGCGAUAAAUAACAGUAGACGGAUCGAUGAAGAUGCCAGCUGACGAAGCAUCCCAAAUACGGAAAAAAACACCAUCCGCUAAUAGAUCCAUUGUAUGUGGGAUUGCGACCUGUCUCCUAGCAGUCGGUCCGUGAGCUGCCAAGCUGACCUAUUAGCCCUUUUCCUGUAGUUGUAAAAUGUUGAAGGUCAUUUGCGGACUUUGGGCCGUGAGAAGAAACUGCCACCAUGUCUCAACUCUUGAUGUGUAAUGUGGCUCCUCCGAUCGUGCCAGGGUCAUCCGGAGAUGUGGCCUUGCAGGUAGAUCUCCAAUCUCAAGUAAUGCGCCUAAGUCCACCACCAAUGCCGUAAUAGAACCGAGACUAAAUUUAUUAUGCAGGCAAGAGUGUGGUCAAACUAGCUGUAUCCUAAGUGAUUCCAAUAUUCCAAAUGGAUUGUAUUAUCCUCUGAUGUGGUAGAGAAAAGACUCCAAAAGGACGUCCAAUCAGGGUCCCAAACUGAACUUGUGUGGUGGAACGGUGAUCGACUAUUCUGGGUAUAGUGAAUCCCAGAAAUAUUCAAAGGGAUGGGAAACGUAAACCAGAGUUGAGAUUUCCAUCCAGAGAUGACAUCGUCUAAGAGUGAUAACAUGUACGGAUCCAAUGGUGAUUGGGACCUCUAUAACCACAAAGAGUCCUCAAGUGCUGUAGCAAGAGAGCGAAAUAAUCCGAUUACACGUAGUACGAUCCUGUUCCAGCGCGACCUGUCAAAAUUUGUGUAAGGGUUCCUGGUCUACACGCCACCUACAAGAUAGGGUAUAAUAUAGUGAGUCCCCUAGUUCCCUGUACCCCUGACUGUCCGGGCAAGUAUCUCCCAGAUAAAAAGUAAACGUGCUGUGUAAAAGGCGCUUAGAGAAUGUGGAUUAUAGUACAAUUCACAGUAAAAUGGUAGCAGCUUACACACCAAAAGUAGGAACUCUUCAACCUACUCACAAUCAAAUGUAUAAAGAAAAACACUAUCGUGCAAAUACAUGCAAAAACAGUGCAAAGGUGGAGCGCUUCAAAAUUAAAACACUUACUCCUGCAGAUUUCAGGAGAUAAUGAAAUUGAUGGUAAUGAGAUCCUUUAAAUCACCGAGGAACCUCAAAAUGGAGACAAAAAGUGGGAGAAAUAGGGAAGCAAAGCUAACCCUAGUGCAGAAAUCCUUAAUAUAAUAGGUAGCCAGGUGAAAAAAAUAACGAUUUACUUCUCACCUUAUCAGGAGCCUUUAACUGGGCUCCAAGUGUAUAAGCACAGUGUCAAUUAUAGAGUGACACUUCCCUUCUUGAUAGCAGCAUAAAUAUAUCACUAGUCAACUUGGUAAAAGAAAUGAACAUUUAUUAUAACUUGUUAAAAACAAAUAAAUGAAAUCUGUAUACUCAAGUGCCAGUGCUGUGUCCAAGACGCGUUUCGCCAAUAUGUUGUUCGGCUUUAUCAAUUGGUAAAUGAAAUGCUGCUAAGGUAAGAUUUAAAUACCCCCUAAUAGGGGGUUGAUUGGAGGAGAACGUCCGUGGUACAUCCAAUCACAGCGCUAAUCCUCAUACAAGGUUCAGCUGAUUAUAAUAUCUCCGAUACUGUGACGUCAUCACGCACGACGUCCCGUGCGCGUGACGUCACAUACGGAAGUAAACUGUGAUCGUACACUCGUUCAUAUUGCAUCACAUACAAAAACUGUGAUUAUACAAUUAUAGGACAUCCUUUCUAUCAAAAAAAGUUCUGUUUAAUCAAAUCCAUUCAUCCAGUCCUUAAUGAUGUUGCGACCAUUUUGCUUGAUGGCAAGUAUGUUGAGUGUCCUCAAUAGUGUUGCGGCCAUUUUGCUUGAGGGUAAAUCUACUGAGUGUCCAAAUUCAAUCCACUGAUUGUCCAAUAUCUCGGAAAUGUCCAUUAAUAUAAGUAAAUCCCCGAAGUUUUAGUCAUAAUAAAGAGAAAGGGAACAGUAAUUUAGAGGGGUGCAUAUAUUUGUAAGAGGCAAUUAGCAUUAAAAAGUAUUAUAACUUAAUUAAGAAAUGCACACAAUAUGGUCAUUAUGAUGACUUAUUACUUAAAAAUUAAAAUUUCCUCGGUGAUUUAAAGGAUCUCAUUACCAUCAAUUUCAUUAUCUCCUGAAAUCUGCAGGAGUAAGUGUUUUAAUUUUGAAGCGCUCCACCUUUGCACUGUUUUUGCAUGUAUUUGCACGAUAGUGUUUUUCUUUAUACAUUUGAUUGUGAGUAGGUUGAAGAGUUCCUACUUUUGGUGUGUAAGCUGCUACCAUUUUACUGUGAAUUGUACUAUAAUCCACAUUCUCUAAGCGCCUUUUACACAGCACAUUUACUUUUUAUCACAUUGUUCUAUUUUACUCUUUCAAUCUGUGUGUGCUGCUAUUUUCAUUAUGUCACUGUUUGAAAAGAGAUCCAGAUAUGGUCAAGAUAUAGACUCCCUAUUCAGUAACCUUACGAUUGUAAAAGAUAGUAAUGAAUAUGAUUUAAAAGCUAAAGUACGCAAUUCCCGUUACAAAUUAGAAAAACUUUUAGGUAAAGAAAUAAAAAUUCGAUGGGAAAUUGCUACAUUGAGUAAAUAUAAUAGAGAGAAAAUAACACCAAGAGGCCUGAGAUUUUCUAAAAGUCCCUCCUUUGAUCAAGAGGAGGAAGAUUUUUUACAAGAAUGGACAGACCUUUUGGAAAGUUUCUCAUUUGGAAUGAUGAGUCUAAUUAUUAGGAGACGCACUAAUUCUUUAAAGAAAUUAGAUGGUGAAAUCAAUGAAAUUAAGAAUUUUUUGGUUGGGAAUAUGGCACCAGAACAAUAUUCAGAGCUAUUAGAAGAAAUUCAGACAAACCUGGAGAAAUUAGAGAGAAAUGUAAUAGAGACAAAAAAGAGGAAAUACCUAAGAGAUAAGGAAGAAUAUGCGAGGGACCAAGUAAGAUCAUACACUAAAGUACAAGAGAGAUUUACUAACAAUACGUGGCGAAACACACAGAAUCUCUCUAAAAACAACUACUAUACAAAGACAAAUCAAUUAUCAAUAUACAAUUCUCCACGUAAUGAAAGAUCCAGAAAUAGAUCUAGGACUAAGCUACCACACAGAACAGUCCAUAGAUCCAGAUCAUUAGGAAAGACUAGGGAUGAUUGGAAACAGUAGUGAGGAGAAAGAGAGUACCAUCACCAAAAAGGUAUCAGGAUAGAACAUCUAGACCCAAUAUACCGUUAAUUAAGCCCUACGACAAUAGGUCACGCACCAAUAUACGUCACGAUACCAUACAUUCCCAUCAUAAUAGAUUUCAAUCUUUAAACAUCCCUCAAAAUGAUGAGGAUUUUUGGCCCAGACAUAUGAGGGGACGUUACAAAGAAACCCCCACAUAUCAGGCAUCACCAGGGAAACGGAGAAGAAGUUUAGAGGAAGGGGAGGUAGAGGAGGCAUACGGAUACAAAAAGGAAAGGAGAGAAAUACCCCAAAAAAGAACGGAAUUUUCAACCUCUCUAAACGAGAAUUAACAACACCACAAAGGGAAUUAUUGACGAAAGGACUUAAAUUUGCCCCUACAAAACCAAUCGACAAAUUUAGUGUGUAUCUAGAUCUUAAUAGAUUUAAGAGGAAACUCUGUCUUAAAAAAUUAUUUCUGAAGAAUCCAAUUAAUACUAUUCAAGAAAUUUCAUCUGCCACUACGACUAUACAUACUGAUUUAAAGGAAAAAUCAACCUUUUUUCCAAGAUGUUGCAUCUCUGGUGAGAUGACGACCUUCGAAAAAAUGGUGAUGAAUGAUGUAAAUAAAAUAAAGAAACCUAAGCCAAAUUUACAUAACUUGAAUUUAAAGGAAAGACAAGCCCUUAAACAAUUAAAAAAGAGGACGAAACAAUUGUGAUUAAACCAGCCGACAAGGGUGGGGGGAUAGUCAUUUUGGAUGUGGAUGACUAUAAACAGGAAGUUGGUAGAUUGUUGAGUGACCAACAAACCUACCGAAUCCUUAAUAAAGACCCCACAAAUGAGAUUAGGAGCACAUAUUGGGAGUUAAUUGAGAGAGGCAAAAUGAAUGAAGUUCUAAAUUUAAGGGAGUAUAAAUUUUUGAAUAUACAACAUCCUAUAAUCCCAGUCUUUUAUUACCUCCCCAAGAUCCAUAAAAAUAAGGAUAAACCACCCGGUAGACCUAUAGUUUCAGGGAUAGGAUCCAUUUCAAGCAGGUUGUCACAGUAUAUUGACAAAUGCCUGCAAUUGAUAGUUAAUACCUGCCCCAGUUAUCUAAAAGAUACCAUCAAUAUUUUGCAGAUUAUUCAACAGGUCACCUGGAAUACAGAUUACUAUCUUGUGACAUCUGAUGUAAGUUCUCUGUAUACGAUCAUCUCCCAUACCCAGGGAUGUAGAGCAACUAGAUAUUUUCUAGAGCAUUCUGAUAAAUUUUCCAAAAACCAGGUUGACUUUAUUGUUGAAGGGAUCGAGUGGAUCCUAAUGAACAACUAUUUUUGGUUUGGUGACCAAUUUUAUUUGCAAACAUGUGGAACGGCGAUGGGUACGAGAUUUGCUCCCAGCUAUGCAAACCUAUUCAUGUCACACUGGGAACAGGAGUUCAUCUAUGAUAAUCAUAGAUGGGAUGCAAAUCUCGUUACCUAUCGUCGUUACAUAGAUGAUAGAUUUUUUAUUUGAAAGGGCGACGAGAUAUCCCUCAACUCCUUUCUAACGCAUUUAAACACUAAUGAUCGUGGUAUUACACUUACCAGUCAUUAUAGCAAAACUUCGGUCGAAUUUCUGGACCUUAACAUAUAUGUGGAGGACGAUAUGUUGAAAUCUUGUACUUUUUUUAAAAAGGUUGACGUCAACAGCUACACAGGAGAGAAAAGUUGCCAUUUCUCUCCAUGGCUGUUGAACGCUCCCAAAGCACAACUAUUAAGAAUUAAGCGUAAUUGUACGGAUAAUACCAAAUUUCAGGAACAAUCCAUUAAAAUACUUAAAGAUUUUAAAGAGAAGGGGUAUAAUGAACAACACCUAGUAAAAGCUUAUGAGGAGGUAGAAAUGAAAAAUAGAAACGAUUUACUUACAUACAAGGAUAAAAAAAUUGAUACACAACACCAAAAUUUGAAUUUUAUUUGUGAUUUUAAUUGUAAUAAUAAACAACUCAGGAAAAUAAUUAAUAAAUAUUGUCCAAUACUUAAGAAUGAUCCUGCCCUCCACUCUUUGUUGCCAGAUAGACCUAUGAUUACCUAUAGAGGUGUUAACAAUUUAAGCAGUAGUCUAGUACAUAAUCAUUUACCAUCAAGGAAGACCACUGUAAAAUCAUCCUUUUUUAAUGAGACCAAUGGAUUCUAUGGGUGUGGCUCAUGUGGAGCUUGUAAAAAUACACAAAGUUCAAAAAGAGUAACCAAGGAGUUCAACCACCCUAGAGAUGACAGUAAGAGAUUUAAGAUUAAACAAUUAAUCACCUGUCACUCCACAAUGGUAAUAUAUAAAAUUACGUGCCCAUGUAAACUCACAUAUGUAGGGAGAACCAUUAGAACACUAAAUACACAAAUUCAAGAACAUAUAAGAAAUAUUAAAAAUGGUUUUGAGAAACAUAGUGUCUCCCAGCAUUUUAAAGACAAACAUAACUGUGACCCUCGUUGUAUGGAAUUCAUGGGAAUCCAAAGAAUCUCUAUGAAUUGGAGGGGGGGAGAUUUAAUGAGAAGUAUAGGUCAAACUGAGAUGAAGUGGAUUUUUAAUUUGAAUACAAUGCAACCAUAUGGAUUAAAUGAUGAUUUUGAAAUCUGUCAUUUUUUAUAAUAUUAUUUGUAUUUUAUGUAUAUACAUAUACAAUUUUUAUAAUACUAUCUAUAUUUAUUUGUACUAUAUACAUAUAUAUUUUUUAAUUUUAAUUUUUAAGUAAUAAGUCAUCAUAAUGACCAUAUUGUGUGCAUUUCUUAAUUAAGUUAUAAUACUUUUUAAUGCUAAUUGCCUCUUACAAAUAUAUGCACCCCUCUAAAUUACUGUUCCCUUUCUCUUUAUUAUGACUAAAACUUCGGGGAUUUACUUAUAUUAAUGGACAUUUCCGAGAUAUUGGACAAUCAGUGGAUUGAAUUUGGACACUCAGUAGAUUUACCCUCAAGCAAAAUGGCCGCAACACUAUUGAGGACACUCAACAUACUUGCCAUCAAGCAAAAUGGUCGCAACAUCAUUAAGGACUGGAUGAAUGGAUUUGAUUAAACAGAACUUUUUUUGAUAGAAAGGAUGUCCUAUAAUUGUAUAAUCACAGUUUUUGUAUGUGAUGCAAUAUGAACGAGUGUACGAUCACAGUUUACUUCCGUAUGUGACGUCACGCGCACGGGACGUCGUGCGUGAUGACGUCACAGUAUCGGAGAUAUUAUAAUCAGCUGAACCUUGUAUGAGGAUUAGCGCUGUGAUUGGAUGUACCACGGACGUUCUCCUCCAAUCAACCCCCUAUUAGGGGGUAUUUAAAUCUUACCUUAGCAGCAUUUCAUUUACCAAUUGAUAAAGCCGAACAACAUAUUGGCGAAACGCGUCUUGGACACAGCACUGGCACUUGAGUAUACAGAUUUCAUUUAUUUGUUUUUAACAAGUUAUAAUAAAUGUUCAUUUCUUUUACCAAGUUGACUAGUGAUAUAUUUAUGCUGCUAUCAAGAAGGGAAGUGUCACUCUAUAAUUGACACUGUGCUUAUACACUUGGAGCCCAGUUAAAGGCUCCUGAUAAGGUGAGAAGUAAAUCGUUAUUUUUUUCACCUGGCUACCUAUUAUAUUAAGGAUUUCUGCACUAGGGUUAGCUUUGCUUCCCUAUUUCUCCCACUUUUUGUCUCCAUUUUGAGGUUCCUCGGUGAUUUAAAGGAUCUCAUUACCAUCAAUUUCAUUAUCUCCUGAAAUCUGCAGGAGUAAGUGUUUUAAUUUUGAAGCGCUCCACCUUUGCACUGUUUUUGCAUGUAUUUGCACGAUAGUGUUUUUCUUUAUACACAAGUAUCUCCCAGAGUAGGCCCCAGGUCAAGAGACCCAGGAAUGUGGGUUCGAUAACUGAAGUCAAGGUCUCCCUAUAGAGGGAUACUUCCCUUCUUAGUUUGGAGUCCUGCGAACACAUAGCGUUCUCCAAUAUGCAGGCAAGGCAUAAAGUCCCUUCGCUCACGACAGGUGACUCUAGAGAGCAGAUAUAACAAAAAAAAAAACAAGGCCAUUCAUGCAAUUCAACCAUCUUCAACCAAUUCAACCAGCUUCAACCAUCCGAAUCAUGUGUUGUCCUGCUUGAGAAUGUAGGCAGCCCUAACAAAAAAAACAAGGGUCUAGCUUCAACCAUCCGAAUCAUGUGUUGUCCUGCUUGAGAAUGUUGGCAGCCCUAUCUGAGUCUGCUACACAUCCUGAGUACUCCAGCGGUAGGUUGCGACUCAACUUUGAUGUCCGUGUAGGAGUCGGGGCACACCAGGUACCUCCAUAGAGUGUCGUAGGUCUUCCUGAUGGUAGUUGAAAAAGUGGGUCAGCGAGAACCCAAACCAAGACGGCUCCCAUGAGGGAUAUAGAGUAUAGACGGAGGGCCCUCCACCUCCGAACCAUAUUCUCAAGAUAUGUGCUCAGAGGAGCAAGGGCAGUCCUGUCCUCUUAACCCAAGACUGGGUUACCGGUCUUUCUAUGCGAUUCAUGCGUACGGUGUACCUACAGAUCGGGUAGUGGGCCUUCCCUAGUCUUGCUACCCAAGCAAGGCAGUGCCCGUUUGCUCCAUGAAGGUCUCAGUAUCUCAUGUCAUCCUGAUAUGGGAAAAACUGUCUGCGCAGUUUGUUCACAAUGGUCCGGAUAUCUAAAACAGAAUGCAAUUGUCUGUUUUACAUAGCGCAGAAUUUACCAAGACCUGCACUCUUGUAAGACCUGAGGCUCAUCCAUUAGCCGUACCGUCUCCAGGAGUGUAAAAUAAGCGGGAGUCUCCCCCGUUAUACCUCUGUGAGUAUUUCUCGCAUGAGGUACAAUUGUCCGGAUCCAGUAGAUCCAUUACAUGAGGUGAAAUGGAGGGAUCCAAUCUAAAUAUGUAUAUCCUACAUGAUCAGGCAGCCCUCUAUAAUGAAAUCGGUUGUUAGGUCUAAUUGAAUGCAGGAGGUGCGCCCCUCUAUGCAGUCAUCAUUGUCCUGUACAGGUACAAAAGCCUGUGUGAUGAACAAAUGGAGGCACCGUAGUGCGCUGAGUGUAUGAGAGCCGCGCUCUCUAAUAAUGUGAUUGAACUCCAUGACCGCGUCCGGUUGAUAGUCUGAGCGGGCCGCACCCGUUAAUAACCAAAUAGUAGAGUCUACGUCCGUGACCGGUCAUCUCUUCGAGAAUGUGUCACUCAAAACAUGUCCUCUGUAUCCACCCCGGUAUCGGCUGAGGUUGAGGGAGGGCCGCGCCCUCUAAUAACAAAUCAGUGUCCGGUUCCAUAUAUGAGAGAGGUUCGCUCUCUAUUCGUGAAAAUAAAAUAUCAUUCUCGGAUCGAAGUGAUGGAGGGCCGCACCCUCUUGUAACCCAAACUAGAGUCCCUUAGAGACUUAGAGUGAUCAACUGCAGGGGUACACCAUUUAUAAUAUCAGUUUAUCAGCAAGACUGAGAUCCUGAGGUGGGUCUCUCUCAGACCACGAGACUUCUCUGAAUCACUCACAUGAGAUGGAAUCAACUGUUGAUAAACCAGACCAAUGGGAGAUGGAAUAAUAUACCCCCUCGGGCCGUGUCCAUCCUUAAUAACAGAAAGGGAUGGUAAGAAAAUGCAACCUUCGGAAACAAUGAUGGGAACUACCAACUGACCGCGUGGAUCCCGUGCACGCGCGUGGUCCAGGAUGACCGUCGGUAGCCUGAGGAAAGCUGGAGAUGUUCUACGCAAUCAGGCCUCUCGACGACCCGAGCGAUAGGACAAUUGGAAGAUUCGAAAACCAAGAAACGACAAAUAAUGUAGAUAACGGUAUAUACGUACCUCGGAGAGAAGGUAAAUAGCAGAGCGGAACAGCAAGCCAAGUAAACCUAACUGAAAGGGUCAGGAGCUAAACCUGACGUAGGACUAACUACCAAUACCUAAGAUGGAUACCGGGAAGGCAGCUAAAUGGUUAGUUGCUGAAGGCAAGGCAACCAUGCUCCCCUGUUGGCGUCUGAGCACUGGUCCCUGCUUGUGCAAAAUUUUCUUUGGAGAUGUACCGCCGCCUGGUUGGUGUAAACCGUGGUGGUGCGCCCGGGGGUCCUCAUAAAAAACCUUGCCCCUCAGGGCCUGAGGUUUAGGGCCUUCACACUUCCAAUCAUAUUGAGAUGCCUGUAUACUGGUGUCCUCUUGAAUUGUAAGGCAGCGGUGCUUGCCUGGACUAUUACAAUACUACAUUAAGAAGCAUAAAAUCCCACAACAUAAUAAGAAUAAAAUACUGAAUAUAAGCAAUAAAAUCCCAAAGCCACCAACUAGAAGCAGUAGGCAGUGGUACUCUGACCUGUACUGACAGCGGAGCAGCAAAGAAAGAGGAAAUGAUGCAUGGGAAGGGGAGUUUUAUAGUACCUAACUUUUUUCUGAUUGGUUGUUUUUCUGUGCUGCUGUGGAGUUCUAGUAAAGAGAGACUUAAGCAAAUACGAAUAAAAAUUUGCCCAAUUUUACAAACGUUUCAACAUUUAUUUUUUUGCUUUAUUUUUGUUUGUAUAUUUGUUUAAAAUUGCUUACUGGUAUAAACAAAAGUCAACUGAUGCAUAUUCCUUUUAAUAAAGUCCCAAAUGUGCAGGGAAGUCAAAUGGGGGUUGAUUCUGGAUAAAGAACAAUAUGUCAAGGAUGCAAAAUUAGUCUCAUAACCAUUAACCAGCCAUUGUGGUUUUCUAUUGUGCUGCCCCCCUGUAUCUACAAUCCUCAUGUGCUAUUGACCUCUUUGAACUUCAAUGUCAAGCCAAGAGCUUUCUUUUGAGCUUUUAAUCAAAAAGGCAAAUGAAGCUGAAUAACAAUAAACAAGGAGGUUUAUUAGAAUUUUUAAAAUGCCAGGUAUAGAAGUUCCACUCAUAUACAUGUCAGAAUGAAGGAAAGUUGUGCUCCAAGAAGGAUUUGAGUGUCUGAAAUGAGUGUUGAUUUCCUGGCUAUUUCCCCCUGUUACACUUUGUCUCUAGUGUACGUUUGCUUGUUUUGUUGCACUCUUCUUGAUGCCCAAUAUUCCUUCAUUCUUACAGUGAUUAUAUAUUAUAUCUAUAAAAAAACAUUCAGCUCAUAAUUACUCAAUUAGAUACUUCUUUACACAUACUUUUUUUUUUCUCCCCUUUGGCCAGAUUCUGGCAUUCUGGACAGAUUUUUAAUUUUAUAUAUAUAUAUAUAUAUAUAUAUAUAUAUAUAUAUAUAUAUAUAUAUAUAUAUAUAUAUAUAUAUAUAUAAUAUGUAUACCUGAUUGAUAGCUGUGGAUGUUGCUUUCAGGUAUUGAACACCGCCUCUACGCUGUACAAAUGUUGUCCUUGAGUCCUUCACUAUUCCCUCACUAGGAUAUGAGUAUCACAUUUAUCUGGGGAAGCACUGAACAACUGUUUGAGGGCUAUAACAAUGAGUAGUAUUUUGACAAUGUCACUAGGCAGUUUGGUGUCAGGGCUCAACUAAUGUGACCGUUAUAGAGAUUAAACUAGGGUAACCCUAAUAUUGGUAUACAUAAUUCUAUAUGCAGGUCUCCUGAGAGAUUAGCACAUAACCCAAACAUUUACCAUCCAUCAUGGUAACCAUGUUAUCAGACUUUUUGGUCUUCAGAAUUGAUAUUCUCCUUGUCCCGGUUGGGCACAUGGUAGACUUCAGAUCUACAAGUAACCGUAACAUGCAAGCAGGUUGCUUAUGAGAACUUCUCUUGGAAGUUCUUAUUCCAACUCUACGCUUUCUUGUCUGUAUCCAGAUAUUCAAGGACAGUGUCUGCAAAGUGACCACUGAGCCAACACAAGAAAUUAAGAUAUGUAAUUUGCAACCUCUCCUCUCUGGUUCAGAGCACUUACAUGUUCUACUCUAUCUUUAUCUCUGUGAUACCAUGCUUUAAUAGCUUUCUAGGUUUUGAAGGAUGUUCUGAUCAGUCACAGUAUUCAGUGUCUUGUAUGCCAAGUUACAGAACUGAACCACAUAGGGAUCAAUAGCCUACUGCCUCUGUUGCAAUUCACUGGAGGUUGUAUCAAUAGACAUCCUGCUACAUCCAAAGAGGAGAAUAAUUCAGUGAAUGCAAUGAUGCUUGAAUUCUGAAUACUAUUAAAAAAAUGAGGUCCAAAGUAGCGUUAUCUUAACCUAAAUAAUGAAAAGAGUUGAUUAAUGUUCUGUAAGAUUGUGGACAGCUGCAGAAGCAUAGACAUUGAUAUAGCAACUUCAACAUAUAACACAUGAUCUUGGGAUUUUAUGGCCAGUUCGUGAUCUUGUUUUAAGGUAAACCUUUGAAGUAAAAUACAUUACACAGUCAAUAGAUGUGGGCAGAUAACAAUAAGAAAUCAGGUCAAACAGGAAGCAAAUUUAACAUGCAAGGGAUCUGUCUAGAAAAAGUGUGGGAAUGAGUCGGCAGUGCAAACCCCUUGCAAAAGCUUAGAUGGAUUGACUAGAUUCACUUUAUAUGUAAGAAGUGCAUUCGUGCCAAGUUUUUUUUUGUUUGGCAGUACUUUUAUAAAUAAUGAACUAGUGAUCAUGUUGGAUACUGUGAGAGAAUGGAGGCUCUGGAGGCUGCCUAACACGGUAUAAAAUAUGAAUACUGUAAUAACAUCCAUCUUGCUAUUGUUUUUAUUUUCUGUUGUUCUAUAGUACACAUUAAUCUAAAUGUUUGCUAUGCUUUUCUCAUUCCAAAUUAGGAGUAUUUUCUUAAUGUUUUUUUUUUUUCUUUUCAAAUACAUUUUUCUAGUUGGUUGUAUUAGUCAUGGGGUGUUUCCUGGAUGAGUGUAUACAUUUAUAUCUGUAGUUGAGUGAUUAUGCAAGCAAACAGAAAUUGCUCACCUGCCAUACAAUGUAAGAUUAACCCCUUAAGGACUGGACUGUUUUUGCGAUGUUGUACAUUUGCGACCAGGCAUAUUUUUACACUUUUGUGGUGUUUGUGUUUGGCUGGAAUUUUCCGCUCUCUCAUUUACUGUUCCCAUACAAAUUAUAUAUUGGUUUUUUCAGGACAAAAGGGGCUUUCUUUACAUACCAUUAUUUAUAUAAUCUCAUGUAUUUUAAUUUAAAAAAAAUAAAAAAAUAUGAUGAAAAAUUGAAAAAAAUACAUGUUUUUUGACUUUUACUUGAAAAAUCUUUUACUCAUCUACAAAAGCGAAUUAAAAAAACUGCUAAAUAGAUUCAAAAUUUUGUCCUGAGUUUAAAAAUACCCCGUGUUUACAUGCUUUUUUGCUUUUUUUUGCAUGUUAUAGGGCUAUAGGUACAAGUAGAAUAUUGCGGUUUCAAAACAUAAAUUUUUAAAAUUUAUCAAUAGUGACAUUGUAACACUAUUAUCUGUCAUAAAUCUCUGAAUAACACCCCACAUGUACAUAUUUUUUUUUAAAGUAGACAACCCAGGGUAUUCAAUAUGGGGUAUGCAAGUGGUUACUAAAAAAGACUGGACAUACCCCGUUUGCAAUACCUUGGGUUGUCUUCUUUUGCAAAUGGUAUGCCAUCAUUGGGGUAAUUCUCAUUCCUGGGCUACCAUACGCUCUCAAAGGCAACGUAACCAACCUGGCCAUUUUCAAUGUAAAAAUAUUUGACCCAUAUAUUUGACCUUGUAACUUUCAAAAAUACUAUAAAACCUGUACAUGGGGGGUACUGUUUUACUCAGGAGACUUUGCUGAACACAAAUAUUAGUGUUUAAAAACUGGAAAACGUAUCACAACAAUUAUAUCAUCAGUAAAAGUGCUGUUUGUGUGUGAAAAAUGCAAAAAAAGUCACUUUCACUGACAAUAUCAUCGCUGUGAUAUGUUUUACUGUUUUGAAUCACUAAUAUUUGUGUUCAGCGAAGUCUCCCGAGUAAAACAGUACCCCCCAUGUACAGGUUUUAGGGUGUCGUAGAACGUUACAGGGUAAAAUACAGUGCUAGCAAAUUUAAUUCUCUGGAAUUUCGGCCUGGGUUGGCAGGCAGGUCCCUUAAAUUGCAAUCAAUAAAAUUACUGAAUUAUGUAAAACUAUUACAUAAAUACGCACGUAGAAUUUAAAUAUAUAUGCAUAUUUAUAUAUUUGAAGUCUACGUGUAUAUUUAUAUAAUUAUUUAUGUAAUUUUGUAUAUGGACAUAUAUAUAUUUCUUAUUAUUUUUAUUUAUUUUUAUAUACAUAGAUAUAUAUACAAAUUCAUUCUAAGUGUAUUUUGAUAUAAAUAUAUAUAUAUUAAUUUUAAAAUACAGUUAGAAUAAAAUUUCAUAUAGAUAUAUAUUUUUUUUAUUUUUUAUUAUUAUUUUAAAAAUUUUUUAUUUAAUUUAAAUUACUUAUUAUUUAUAUUUUAUAAUAAUAUAUAUAUACAAUAUAUAUAGUUAUUAUAUAUAUUAUAUAUAUACGUGUGUAAUUUAAUUAUAAGUGUAUUUUUAUAUUAAUAUAAGUACAUAUUAAUAUAAAAAUACACUUAGUAUGGCAUUAUAUAGAUGAUAUAUAGACAUAUAUUAUAUAGAUAUAUUAUAUGUCUAUAUAUCAUAUAUACACAUAUAUAAUUAUUAUUUUUUUUAUUAACACUAACUUUAUUUUUUACUGAUUUUACACUAGCAGGGAGACUGCCUGUCAGCACAGGCAGUCCCCCUGCAGGCAGCACUAUGGACACCUAUUGUGACCAUGUGAUCGCUGUGUUAAGCGAUCACAUGGCCACAGGGGUCCUAAAUCAGUGUGGGGAGACUGUCUGGGCUGCAGGCAGUCUCCCCACAACCGGAGCAACGCUGAUCGCCGCCGGGGGAACGACGGCGAUCAGGUAAGUACCCCCAGACCGUUAGGACGGUUCAGGACCGUCAUCGGUCCUCAAGGCAAAAAUGCCGAUGACGGUCCUGAACCGUCCUCGGUCGCUAAGGGGUUAAAAAAGUUAACUCAUAUUGCCAGCAACAAACAAACAUUAGCAAAAAAAAAAAACGUAUUUCCUGAUUCAGGACAGCUAGUCAACAACAUUAACCCCUUAAGGACCACAUUUCUGGAAUAAAAGGAAAUCAUGACAUGUCACACAUGUCAUGUGUCCUUAAGGGGUUAAUGAUUGUAAAGCGCUGCAGAAUUUGAUGGCGCUAUAUAAAUACCAUAAUAAUAAUGAUGGCCAUCCUUUCUUUUCCAUCUGCAUUAUUAUACUACUGUUUAAAGUACAGUGCUAGCAAAGCCUCGUCCUUCUUAUCAUUUUUAAACCAAAACACUUUAUUUACUAAAAUUCACACAAGUGAGAUAUUCUAAAGUGGACAUUAUACAUGCAGUCUAAAAAUUGUGCUGGCAUAGUCGUGUGUAUGUAUGUAUUUCAGAUUACAUGUGUUAAUUGUAAGUUAUUGGAAAGUAAUGUGUAUUGAAUCUUAAAUCUUAUAGAUCUGUUUUGUAGUUCAUAUUCCUAGACAAACCUCAUGGAAGGAAAAAAAACAUUCCUCUUUUUGUACAUGGUACAUAAUCUAUUUUUAAGAAUUGAUCAUUUAGUUAUUUGUAAACUUGUUUAGUGUAACAUUCUGUGUAUCACCUUAAAAACAAACAAGUGCAGAGCAUCUGUAUAACAGAUCUAUAUGAAUAAAAGCAGAAAUACUAAACGUUAUCCAACUCACUGGAUUCGAUCGGCAUAUGUGCCACUCUCACUUUGACAGCCCUGAAGGGAUCAUUCUCCUUAAUCUGGAAAGGAUCACAAACUGCUAUUGUCUUUUAAAACUUUUUUUUUUUCAUCCUUUUGUUUGUUUUGUGGAUUUGUUUGGCUUAUGUAUUUAUGCAUCUAUUUAAUUAUCAGAACACGCGGUGCCAAUUUAUAGCCAUAUAUGUUGAUACUACUAGAUGAUUGGAAUAAUUGCUUGAAAUGUAGCAACAUUUAGAAAUUGAAACAACUAGCUGUUUUAAAGAUACAAUUGGCAAUAGUAUAUACUGCUGCUAGGCCAGACUAAGCUCACUCACUGCAUUUGGAAAAAACCUGAGGAGCAUAGUGAAACGUGUUAUGCGAAGCUGACACGAGAUUGGGAGAUUGUAAGCGGAGAGAUAAACGCCGAGGUAAAACCGUUCCUUGCUGGAUUUGGUUUUUAAUCUAUUCCCUGCACAGUCACUUCACAACCCCAUAUCGGCUUUUUGUUUUUAUUUAUUCAUCUCUACUUAUUAUUAUUUUAUUAAUUAUAUAGUGCCAGCAAAUUCCGUAGCACUGUACAAUGGGAUAAAAAAAAUAAAGAUUUUUACAAGACCUCAGCAGUUCAUGAUCCUUUCCUGUUUGGUCUGAGCUGAUCCAUUGCACACGAGGAGCCGAAAACCUUCAGAGCUGUCAAAGUGAAAGUGGCAUAUACAGUUAGGUCCGGAAAUAUUUGGACACUGACACAAUUUUCAUAAUUUUGGCUCUGUUCCACUACAGUGGUAUGCUUUGGAUCAUGAGCCAUGUUUGACUUGUGCUGGCUCUGUCCCUGAUCUGCCUCAUUGACAGUCUCAGCCAAUUCUAUGGGGAAGCAAUGUGAUUGGCUAAGACCACCACUUCUGAUGAUGUCAGCAGGCAUAUCAGGGGCAGAGGCAGCAGCUGCAGACUUGAAUACAAGUAAGAUUUUACUAUUUUUAGGAAAGAAAGAGGGAUCAGGGGGGCUAGAUGGUGGAUUUAACACUAUAUGGUCAGGAAUAUAUGUCUGUGUUCCUGACCCUAUAGUAUUUCUUUAGCCAUAUUCAUUAUUUAACUGUAACUCAAAUUUAUUUUGGUAAACAGUUGAAAUAGCAAAACUUGUGUCAGUGUCCAAAUAUUUCCAGACCUAACUGUGAGCUGUAAGCCACUUGAAUCCAGUGAGUUGAAUACCUAAUGUUUUUUUUCCUUUUUUCAUAUAUAUCUGUUGAACAGAUGCUCUGUACCAUAUGUCUUUGUCAUCUGUUAAGUUGGUGCUCUGAAUGCUACAUUGAAGAAGUUUAUAAAUAAGCUUUGUCAUUUACUUCUAUUUUGUGCGCACUAUUUUAUAAUUUACUAUAUUGUAACUAAAGGGCACAGGGUUAAUCCUUUGGUUGCUGCAUUUAUUUAUUUUUAAUCACUAUAUAUAUAUAUAUAUAUAUAUAUAUAUAUAUAUAUAUAUAUAUAUAUAUAUAUAUAUAUUUUGCAUUGUUUCAUUGUUUGCACGUUAAAGGUUUUCUUUUUCACAUGUUAUUUUGCUCCUUAAACGGGUGUUUACACCUAAUUUUCAACUUCAUGAUUUCUAAUAGUUUUAUAUUUAAGCAUCUUAUUUAACUUGUGGUUAAUGUUUUUAAAAAAGGAUUUUAUUGACUGUGUGUAUUAUUUAAAAUGUUCAAUAAAAUGUUGUUUUGGUUCGAAUUGUUUGACUUGUAAAAAAAUGGACCGUACUGCAACAUAUUUUAUUUGCACCCCGAUAAAAUUAUUUGAAAUGUUUCUAUUCUGAUACUAUUUGCCAAAAACGAUUUACCAGUUCUAAAUAAGUUAUAGCAUUGCUAUUUGACAGUGUUUAUGUUUUUUUUUUUUCUUCUUUUUUUUCUUUUUAGUGCAAAUUGGAGCUGCAGGAAAUUGGUGGUCCAGUGGACCAUGCAACAGCUUUUGGCAGAAUUGCAUUUGCUUGCCCUAAGGAAGAGGUGAGAGUAAAUUAAUUGGUGGUAAUUCAUUCUUAAGGUGAACCUGUUGUGCAUAAAAAUUACUUUCCUGAACUUGCUUCGAUAUACAUUGAAUAUACCAUAUAUUACAAUUGAGAGAUUUACUCACCUCUCCUAAUUUCAAUUGAGAGAUUUACUCACCUCUCCUAAUUUCAGCACCGCCAUCUUCAAGCUUUGUCAGUGGUACUCUUCAUGUAACACCCACCUCUGAGCUAUCCACUGCUCCACCUCCUCUCUGUCUGCGGCCUUCUUUGCUUUGAUGUGCUUCAGGACACUUCCCCAAGCAGGGCAAACCUCCUCAGUGACGUUGGCAAGCUGGCUCUAUUGCCAAUGAGAUGAAGUGGUCUGGGUGCAUAUAGCGUCCCUUUAAUUAUGCUAAAUUUGCUUUGGUGCUUAGAGUAACACUUUAAAUGUUACCUGACUUGCACUUAAAUUAUAGAUAUAGGUAACUAAAUCUGACUUAAAUAAUUAUGUUUUCAAAAUACAAAAAAUAAAUGAGGCAAGGGUCUAACAGUGGGUGAGGCAAGAGGGAAAAUUGGAGGUGGUUAUAGAAAAUGUUUGAAUAAUACAACCACUUUCCACCAGAAAAGUUGGGCUCUCCAAUGCUUUUGCCAUAAUUAAGGUCAUAAAUAGGGGUUUUGUGUGUAGUGAGUUAGGACAAAUGAUCAUAUGAGUCUUUCUCGAUCAUGUAGCUAAUGCAUGAGCAGGAAAGGGAGUUGUGUGGAGAAGAGGAGAAGCUGGUAGAAAGACCUCUCAACAGGAGGUUAGCGAAAGGCAGAUAUUUUGACUGCAAGUAAUGAGUAGAGGGGAAAAGUGAAAAUAAAUAAAUAAUGGAGGGGUAGAAAGGAGGAAGAAAGAAUUGAAGGCUGCCUAUUUCAUCCUUAUGAAUUAAAAUUUAAACCGUGGCCACCCUGUAUGUAAGUGUCGGAAAAUUAAUUUACAAAUAUUGUCAAUCCAUAUUUCCUAUCUGUGAGAGGACAACAAUUUUCUUCAUUUUCUAGUUGAAGUAUAAUAAUGACUGCACAGUAUUCUGCCUGCUCAUUGAUUUGUCUCCCCAUUCUCUUGUAUUAUAAGCUUCCCAACAUUGAAGCACUGAUGAAAAAGGAGAACCAGAAAAUACUAACUCCGCUUGUGAGCCUGGACACUCCUGGAAAAGCUACAGUCCAAGUUGUAAUCUUGGCUGACCCUGUAAGCACUCAAAUGAUUUUAAAAGCAACUGGUAUUUAAAAUCUAGAGCAAUGUAACAAAUGUUUUAGAGUUGCCUUUCAUUUUAAGGUUGCUUUUGUAUAUUUAUGUUUUCCAGUAAAUAGAUGUCAUUUUACCAUACAAUCCUAUCCGUUUAUAAACCGUUUUAUUAAAUUAUUAAUCCUGUGUGAUAAAUUGCUAGUGGAUAAAACUAUUAUCCAAUAAAACUCAGUUUGACAAGAAUUUACUGGAUAAAUUGUUGAGGAUGAAGCUUUUCAAGAACUCUCCCAGACUGAUACCAAUGCAGACAAACUUCUGAAUGAUGUAAGCUCCUAAUUAAUUGUAAUAAAGAAGCUGUUUUAUGUAGGUAAAUCGGUAAUGGAGUUUAAAGGAACACUAUAGCGUUAGGUAUACAAAUAUGUAUUCCUAACGCUAUAGAGCCCUAGUCACCUAGAUGGUGACUAGGGCCCCUUCCGCAGCAAAUAAAUGGUUAAUUAACCAUUUAUUUUCUUACCUUAAUCAAGCGCCGGGCUCCCUCGGCGCUGGUGACCUCUCCUCCAUCGACGUCAGCUCCAUAUACCAGAAUUAAAGGCUGAAAAAGUAGAGGCUGUCCUGGUGAUUGAGAGGUCUGCCUGCUUCUGACUCUUAUAGAGUACUGUGGCUGUUUUCAGUUUACACCCAUUGUGGCUUACAGCUCAGUGACUUGAGUUGUGAGUGUAAAAGCAAAUAAAAGUACAAAGAAAUAAGCCCCACACUCACACUAAUCUUGGGCGGCAGCAAUGGCUAGAAUUUAUCAGCAAACGAGUAGUGGAAGUUUAAGUACAGGGCUUCUUUAUGUGCUUUUGUAAUUUAGGGCUUAUUUUCUUGCGUUUUUGUUAUACAGCCAUGUUAUAGUGCUGCCCACUCUAUUAAGGGUUAUUUUAUUUGUAGGGGUUCAUAACAAUACUCUUUGUCUCAUUCAUUCAAGAGUGUACCUUUUAAGCUGAAAGAGGUAAGGUGAAUGGUUAGUGCAGGACUUGCCUAGGAUUUGCCUUGACGUAGCUGUUGAGCUUAUAUGUUAAUUGCUUUUCCUAUGGAAAAAGCAUUGGAUUGGCUGAGAUCAUCAAUUCUGCACAGCACUGGAAAUAAGAUGCCUUGUCUUAUCUUUUAAGGGGGGAAAGCCACCUAAAUGGUGUUUUUAACACUAUCGGGUCAGGAAUACAUGUUUGUGUUCCUGACCCUAUAGUGUUCAUUUAAUUGAUCCAGAAUCCUCAACCUUGUGAUUAAUAUUUAUUUAUUUCCUAUUUUAAAAGAAAAUAUAUUCAAAAAAAUCUAUUCACACACCUCAAAUGAAAAGCCUAAUUUUGAGAUACAACGACCUCGAUAAGAAACAAACAAGCAGCCAACUGUCCAUUUAUUCAUGUUCCCCGGAACCAUAUAGUAAAAUAAAAUUAAAAUAAAAAAAGCUAUAAUUUAUAUACAUGCAACCCUAUUGAUCAAAAUACAUUUUAAAUGUUGCAGUUAAUUGAUUGCGCAUACCUUUUGUUCAGUUUGAUUUAUAUAAUAUGUGUUUCCUAUUUUUAUUUUUAGGAUGGACAUGAAAUUUGCUUUGUUGAGGAUGAAGCUUUUCAAGAACUCUCCCAGACUGAUCCCAGUGCAGACAAACUUCUGAAUGAUGUAAGCUCCUAAUUAAUUGUAAUAAAGAAGCUGUUUUAUGUAGGUAAAUCGGUAAUGGAGUUUACCUCCAUCGACGUCAGCUCCCUAGUAAAGCCAAAUUCACAUGUGUGGCCAGAGGCGCGCGUGCAUUCAAACCUGCCCAUAGGAAAGCAUUACUCUGCUUUCCUAUGGGGAUCUUUUUUUGACGCUGGAGGUCUGUGAGGUGGUCUGGGUUCCUGUAGUGGUCCUUUAAGAAAACACUAUGGCCUCAAUUUAAUCCAGUCAAAAACAGCCUUUUUAUGGCUGUUUUUUAUUAUUACCAUCAUAUUAUUGGAUUUUGGCUGGAUUUAAUGCCAAGUGAAAUUCAAGCAGCUGAUAAAUGGGUCAGCUGCUCAAAAUAACCGGAGUUAAAUGUGUGAUAAAAACACAUUUGUCUGCCUUCUUUAACAACUAACCCUGUUUGACAUAAAAAAAAAAAAAAGCAAACAAAAAAAAAAAACUACAGGUUCAAUAUGACUUCCCAUUAAUGAGGUUUGAUAUCUCACUUAUUCUCCCAUUCAUGGUAUGUGUAAUAAACAGUGAGCAGUUACUGUAAUAAAAUAAAUAAUUCAAUAAACAGUAAACCUAUGGGCAUCUGAAGUCACAUACUCAGCACCACUCACAAGCAGCAUGGCUAUAAUUAAAAUAAAUAGUAGGGGCAUAGUGUCCUCCCCAGCCUCCACCCACCCAUAGCCAACAUAAGUUGGGACUAAUAAAUGAAACAAGGGUGUGGGCUAGUGUACACCCCAGCUCCCAUCCAUGGCUGGUGGGUGGGGAAUAUAAAAAAAAUAAAUAGAAAGGUUAGUGGAUUUACAAUUAUGUCCACACCCUGCUCAAAACUGUGGCCAGUUGUCCCUAGCUAUCCCCGCACAAUUGUGAAAGCCUUGCGUACCCCGUCAUCAUAAUGAAAGUUGUUUUUUUGGGGGGAGGAGGGGGGCAAAAUAUUGAAUCCCCUUGAAGAAAAAUGUUAUCUACCAUCAGAUAUCUUCUUUAAUUCAGUCCUACAAAAGGCCAAACAAAAAUCCAUAAUUACUGAUGAUACUAUGAAAAAUAUAUUUAACAACACCAUGAUAUCACAUAAGAUAUAUUUAAUAAAGAGCCGAUGCUUUGUCCUACAACUACCCUGUGAACCAUUCUCAUUAUAUUCAAUGAACCAUAUAUCACUGCGAGUCUUGUUUGCAGUAGAUGUUGACAUUGUAGAGGUUCUUGGAGGCAGUCCAAGUGUGCACCAUUUAAUGCCACAGCUGUAUUUUUUUGCUUCGUACUACAUGUCAGGGUGCAGAAGAUAUGUUAAUACUAGAUAAAGGCGUAAGUAUAACAUUGUGAAUUAAAAUCUAAAAUCUAUAAAUUUAAAUGAAAAUAUUAAUAAACAAAAAUUGUACUCGAUACUCAAAGGUUUUGUUAUAUAUAUUUAUUUUUACUUUAUUUUAUAUGCAUGAUUAGUUUUAAUAAUCAGAAUUUUAAAAUGUACAAUUAUUAGCGGAGUGUUGUCUGAAAAUUGCCAUAUUAAAUCUCGUGCCUACAUAUUCUACAGCGUGUUACAAUAAAUAUGCUUACAAAUUAAAUCAAACGUGUUUAAGUGGUAAUAAACAAGGUAUGUAAUAGUCCUCUUGUAAGCAUUCAAUUUAGAGAAGGUGGGCAACCGACUAAUUAGGCCAUGUGAACAAUUUUGGAGCCUAGACUAUUUAGUAGAGUCCAGGGAUGCUAAAUAUUACAGAUUUUAGAGGAGAGAGAGCUAUAGGAUAAAAAUUGACAAAUAUGUAUGUAGUGCAAGUUGUUAAAAAUAAAAUAAUAGUGCGAUGGAUAACAGUUUCACUUACAAUAGCUGAGCAUCACGCGAAAUGCAGGAGUAUCGUAUGUUCGCCUAUAUAAUGUUGGAUGUAUAAACUGAUCAAUUCAAUCUGAUAAAGGGUCAUCAAAUAACAAAAUGUACUGCAAAUAUAAGUGGGCUUCUUUAGUGUUAGUCUUAGUUUCUCUUUUUAGAAGUUAUGUCUUGUAAACAAAAUGUGAUUAUAUAUCACUGACUAUAAUUAUUGUAUUGUUUUAUGCUUAUGUGUCUAUACACACACACACACACAAGUUUUUUAUAAUUAAUAUUCAAUAAGCAAAGCUUAAAGGAACACUAUAGGUCAGGAACGCAAACAUGUAUUCCUAACCCUAUAGUGUUAAACCCACCAUUUAGGUGGCUUACCUCAGCCUCCUUAAAAAUAAUUAAAACUCUCCUUAUUUCCAGUGCCGUGGGGAUCUGCCGGCGCUUCUGCUUCCUUGACGACAUCAUCAGAAUUGCCAAUUUUUAGUCAAUCCAAUUCUUUCCCAUAGGGAUUGGCUAAAAUCAGCAAGGAGGCGGGAUGGGGGAGGGGCCAAACACAGUCAGUCAGCAUUUCUUCAUAGAAUCAAUACAUCUCUAUGAGGAAAAUUCAGCGUCCCCAUGCAGAGCAUGGAGAUGCUGAAUGGCAGUGCUGCCUACUGUGCAGCACCGCCCCAGGAAGCACCUCCAGUGGCCAUCUGAGGAGUGGCCACUUGGAGGUGUCCCUAUGGGGAAUGUAAACACUACUAUACGUAGUCCACCUGGGAGUGAGAAUAACUAAAUCCAUAGCAACACUAAUAAAAUAUAAUCACUUCCAAAUGUUGACAACACUGAGACAAGAACUAGACAAAUGGAGGGAGGUGCGAAUCUCCUGGUCAGGCCGAAUAAAUGCCCUCAAGAUGAUGUCCCCGCCCAAGCUGUUAUAUAUUUUUAGGAUGCUUCCUAUCCAAAUUCCUAAAAGUUACUGUGACAAGGUGCAGAAGCUCUUCACGGACUUUAUAUGGCAUAAAAGCAGAGCUAGAGUAGCGAGGGAAGUGUUGCAGAGACCAUAUGCGGAGGAUGGCAUGGGUGUCCCUCAGGUUAUGUACCGUUACCCUGAAAUCCGAGGGUCUUGUACAGAUUGUGAGGCAGCAGAUCUAAUAUCUAAAAGAGUUUGUGGAAAGUUAAAUUUGAACCAGCUUUAAAAAUGUAUGACAUUUCGACUUUCUUGGAUUUAUCCAAUGCUUCUUUGGUACUUGAAUUGGACAUCUUUUUCUUAAAGGGAAACUCCAGUGCCAGGAAAACAAUCCGUUUUCCUAGCACUGCAGGUACCCUCUCCCUCCCAGCUCCCAUCCCAGGUAGCUGAAAGGGUGAAAACCCCUUCAGGUCACUUACCUGAGACCGCGCCAAUGUCCCUCGGCGGUGGUUUCAGGUCGGCGUCGCUCCUCCCAGUAAUUACGACUGAUCCCGCCUGCCGGCUGAGGAAACCUAAUGCGCAUGCGUGGCAAGGUCUGCCCAUAGGAAAGCAUUGAAAAUGCUUUUCAAUGCUUUCCUAUGGGGGAAUUGAGUGACGCUGGAGGUCCUCACACAGCGUGAGGACGUCCAGCGACGCUCUAGCAAAGAAAAUCUUUGCUAUGAAGCAGGAAGUGCCCUCUAGUGGCUGUCUAGUAGAGGUGGAGUUAACCCUGCAAGGUCAUUUUUGCAGUUUAUUAAAAAAUGCAAUAAUUACAGUUGCAGGGUUAAAAAACUGCAAUAAUUACAGUUGCAAUAAAAAACUGCAAUAAUUACAGUUGCAGUGGGAGUUGGCACCCAGACCACUCCAAUGGGCAGAAGUAGUCUGGGUGCCUGGAGUGUCCCUUUAAAGCUAUCUGGCAAAGGUUUGUAACAGGAGGAGCAAGCUAUGUGUUUAGUUUUUGCCACGACUUUGCCUUUUUCAACAAGUUUAUCGCUUGUUUCAGGAGGAUUAUAAUGAAAUAAAACUGAACUUGGCAUAUGUUACUGAGUGAUAAUAUAAAGUAUGGAAAACUACUUUUCCAAGGUGUAGUGGAAAGCAGGUGAGGAGCACACAAAUAGUGUUCUGAAAAAGCACCUAGCUGUCAGAAGCUGUGGCUGGGUUUAUAUACCGGCAUUAUUGGUUUUCAAUUCAGAUUUUAGCAUCAAGCACUCAGGUCACUUUGUGCAUGGAGUCUCAGUUGGACAUGCGUUCCACUUGGAAAACCUCCCAGUCACAUGCUAGCAUGCCUUCCUCCUGUCCUGCACCGGCAAAGCAAAAAGGAUGCAUGUGCCUAGCUGAGAGACUGACCUUUAACAAAACUCUCGCCAGCUGACCCGAUCUUCUGCACAGACUAUCCAGGAGCCUCCAUCCCCGUCACUACAUGCUAUGUGAAGACUACAUGCUAAGCCGAGACAAACAGUAACAGGGAGCUUUAUGGGCAGAGGGAUUUAAUUUUUAAAUUUCCCUCCAAACUAGACUGCAUGUCCUGCAGAAAUUGCUAAAGAUUCCUAAGGUUCUGUACUGCCUCUAUAGGAAUAAAUAACUAACAUGAGCUUGUUAUGACUGCUGUAACUUGUCCAGUCCUUGACUUGAAAGAUCACAGGAUGAAUCUGCAUAAACAUAAUAUUAAAAACAAAACACAUUUUGCCAUAGAAGCCAUGUCUUCAAAUGAUAUUUGGUCAAAAUAACAAAAUAGUAUUAAAGGCUAUGUUGCUAUUAUGGCGGGAUUGUGUUAAAUUGUGAUGCUUGCUGUUUUGUAAUGCUGAUAUUUUUUUUAUUGUAAUGUCAUUUGUCACUUAUAGGCUAUGGUAGCUGACAAAAGUGAGGAGUGGUUUGCAAAGCGCAAAAUGCAGAAGCCUUCAGCAUAAUUCAAGCUACUAAAACUUCAAAACUGUGUUCUCCACCGAAGACUGACAACCCUUAACACAGUCAAACAAGAAAAUAAAAUACUAUAUUGUGCAUUAAAACAAAUGUGUGU